AUGACCCUUCUGGGCGUUGUGUCGUCAGUCCCUGUUGAUGUUGUGUGUUGGGCUUCUGGAUGUGUGUGUCGGUCUAGGUAUGUGGUGUAUUGUCCUUAAUAUUGUCUGUUUGUGUGUGGUCGGUCUUCUUCUGUUCGACAUCCACUCUGUUAAUGCGGGGUGUGUUAUGUGGUAUGUGGGGGUUGAGUGUGUUUUUUGGUGGCUGUGGGUAUUGUAUCGUAGGUGCGCGGCAGUGGGACUUUAGGUCUGACAGGGUUCGUAGACCUGCAGGGACGAUGAGAGUAGUGAGCGCAGUGAGCAUAUUGAUGGAUUCGUGGGCCCAUUGGAGUUAUCUAGAACCAUCUUGAGAAUUGGUUCAUCGAUCUCCUUCGGUGGUGCGAGGUUGGCUUCUGAAUGUGUGUGGCGGUCUAGAUAGGUGGUGUAGUGUCCCAGGUAGUGCCUGUGUGUGUUAUUAGUUUUUGUCUGUGAACCUCCCUUCUGUUACUACGGGUGUAUGGGAAAUUUUAAACCAUUUUUUAACUUUAUCCCAAGCUUGAAUGGUUUGUGCUAAUAUCAUAGAUUUAUUAUUUAGUUGGUCUGUAACUUUUUGAUUACAAUUACGUCACAAGAAGAAUUCUAACCUGUCUCUGCCAACUGCACUAGAUUCAAUUAUUUACCAAAUAUUUGUUUUACUAUCUACUUGCAACUUAUAUACAUGGCCUAUAAUAUUAGCGAAGUAACAGUUUCUUAUAUCAGGAUAGUUUAGGCCACCUUGUUUAUAUUUCCUCAACAGAACUUUGGAGCUAAUUCUAGGUUUCUUUCCUCUCCAAAUAGAAGUCUGAAAGCUGAAUUGGAUCAUAUUUAACCAACUUUCUGGCAUAUGUAAGGGCAACAUUCAAAAUAAAUAUGUCCAUUUUGGCAUGAUACAUCCAUUUAUUGUAUUGAUCCUACCUGACCAAGACGAUUCUGUUAUUCGCUUUGAAAUAAAUGUACUAAGUCUUUUAAAAUAUACUAAUUACAUUUAUUUCCCUAGUAUUCUUGAUAUGUUCACCUAAAUAAUUGAAAUAUUUUGUUGUCCGAGUGAAGUUAAAUUUUGCUUUAAGAUCUUUAUUGAGAUCAUUAUGUAUGUUACUAAUUAAGGCAAAUGAUUAAGAGACAUUUAGUUUAUAAUUAGACACUUCACUGUAUUUACUAAUUUUGUGUAUUAGAUAAGGGAGAGACAAUUCUGCUGAUUUGAGUGUUAAUAAAAUAUUGUCAGAAUAAAGUAAUAUUUUUGCUUUAAAUGUUUUAACUGGGAAUCCUUUAAUGUUAGCGUUAGCUCUAAUGUUUAUUGCUAAAGGUUCUAUCGUUAAAACAUAAAGAAUCAGGGACAGGGGGCACCCUUGCCUUGUACCGUUUUGUAACUUAAACCAGUUAGCUGAGAUAGUUACACCAACUGUUCUUGCCAUAGGUUCUGAAUAUAAGGCCAUAAUGGUGCUCUGAAUCCAGCCCCCAAACCCAAAUGAUUUUAAUACCAAGUCUAAAAAACUCCAGCUGACCCUGUUAAAGGCUUUCUCUGCGUCCAAUGACAGGGUCAGCAGAGGGAUCUCCAAGUGAUCUGCUUGUUCUAGUAUAUCCAGAAUUCUUCUGGUACAGCUAAUCGUAGAAUCUGCCCGGAAUAAAACCUACUUCACAUCUAUGUUGAUCAAUGAGAUCUAUAGAGGUCUAUAGUUACUAACAUUGUUUUUAUUUGGCUUUAAUAUAGGAAGGCGAUUGGCUUGUAAUAAUUUGUUUGGAGUCUUAGCUCCAAUAGCCAUCUCGUUAUACAAAGCAGUUAAAGGAAAGAUGAUUUAUUUUUUCAUAAUUUUAUAAAAAUAAUUACUAUAUCCAUCCAGGCCUGGUAUUUUAAAUAAUUCUAAUCUAUUUCUCUUUGGAUUUCUUCGGGUUGAAACUCAAAGUUAAGAAAUUCUAAAUCUGAGUAAGAGAUUUUUGGAGUUUGAGUAUUAGACACGUAAUCAAGCAUUUUAUCCUUUUUUUGGAAUAGAACCAAGGUUGUAUAAAUUACUAUGGAAAUCAUUAAUUUUUUUGCCAAUUUGUUCAGGAGAGGAAUAUGUAGUUAGGUUACCAAUCAGUUUAUCCUAUUUUCAUAUUUUGUUUCUUUAAUUUUUUUGUUAAGUUUUUAUUGGCUCUAUUGCCCUGGUAGUAAUUAUUUAAUCUCAAUUUAUGAAGAGUUUUUUUGUAUUUUCUUCUAUUUUUUAAUUAAUUUUACUUUGCAGUUCUGAGAGCCUUAACAAACUUGUCUGGAGGGUUGCAUUCUGUUCAACUUGCAUAAAUUAGAAUAUAGGAUAUUUAAAUCUGUAAGAUAUUUCUCUUAAUUUUUUGCUUGUUUUUCGAUUUUAGUAAAAUAGCCUCUCAUUACUACUUUAUACGUAGCCCAUAAAGUGGAGUCUGAAAUUUCAGGGAAUGAAUUUUCCAACCAGAAAAGUCUGUAAAGAUUAGUUAAUUCUUCAAUAUUUUCUUUAUUUUUCUAGUCUCCAAGUACUUAAUCCCUUACACGUGGGUUUACCUAAUUCCCAUAUGUAUUCUCUUUAAUUUGUACAUUAUUAUUAUCUAUCGGGUUGACGUUAACUAAACACAAAUCAAUUCUUGAGUAAGAAUUAUGUACUCUAGAUAGAGGUGUGUAGUUGUGAAAAUCAGGAUGUGGCUCACCAAGCAUCAUACAAUCCAUGGAUAUUGCAUAUUUUAAUUAGUUUUUUAGAUUGGUUUUGUAUUAUUUUUUCAGAUUUGGGCUGGGAUUGAUAUUUAUCUAUUGUUGGAUUAAAGGCCCAGUUAAAAUCAACAGCAAUUAAUAAUGUCCCUCUAAUAAUUUUUUUCUAUUCUAUUCAUAAUCUUAGAAAAUAAUGUCUGAUUAGCGUUCGGUAGACAUUUGCAAGCGUAUAUAACAUGCCGUCUAUUAUUAAAAAUCUGCCUGAAGGGUCACAAUCCUGAUAGAUUAUUUCUCCACUUUUUUAUCAUCAUCAAGAGAGGCGUAAAAAACUGAUUUAUACCUAUAACCCCUCUGUGUUGGGGCUGCAAGAGUGCACAAUUCCAGAUUCCCAAUGUUUCUCAAUUAUCUGUACUCAUUCAAGGAAUGUGUGCACUAGCAGAGUGCGCCUACCCAUUCCAUUAGCUCCACGGAGCUAAUGGAAGUGGUAGACAAACUCCCUGGCUGUCUGAGUAAAAGCGAAGGUGGUGUUUCUGCCCCCAAUUUUAAACGUUUUGAUUUCUAUUUAAAUCACCACUUUUAUACACACCAAAUACAUUUUUUACUCCAGCAAGCUGAAGGUUUUUAAGUGUCUGGAGUGUUCCAUUUUUUCAAAUGAAAAGUGCUGAACAAUUUCUCUAAUGUUUUAAUGAUAACACUGCAUAACUUUUAAAUACAUUAUUGGAAAUUGUUUCAUUAUUGAAAUUGGUGAAAUCAUAGAUCUCCGUAUAUAACAAUAUAUUUGGUAUAUUGUAUUCCUCUCUCUCAAUUUAAGGCCUCAGGGAACUGAAGAUGAGAAGGUAGACGUGCGAUAUGAUUCUCAGCUUUCAUUCUGUGACCGAAUUUAUAAAGAUCUUGAUGUCUUGUUGUCCCACAUUCACCUUCAUGAUGGUCUGUCCUCUAUAAUGAAACAGCCGACUCUGUACAUUAGGGAUAUGGCUCCUAGUGCAUCUUUUCAUGCGCUAUCCAGGUACGGAACACAGCAUAAACAAAAUGCACAUCAUGGUUAAUCUUACCUGUUCUCACCCUCUUAUAUCAUGAUCAUUCUGAUUGUUCCACAAGGUGAAAGUGUUUUAAACAAACAGUGGGGGUGCUUCCCUUAUCCAUAUUCUGACAAUGGGGGGGGAGUUCAUCUUUCAGAAAUAACAUGGCACAAGCUUUUAAAAUCAUGGUUCUAAAUUGAAAUAAAUUAUUGUUUAAACCUUUCAUUCAUUAUUUAAUGCAAAAUAAAAUCAUUUUAUGGGAAUAGAAAUGGUAAAAAAAAUAACCUACAGUAAGGCAGCAAUAGGGAAAAUCACUGGACCUAUAAAACCAUGAUACAUACAAUAAAUAGGAGACUGCACUCUCAAACCUGGACACAACCCAAUAGUACCAAUACUCAUAAAAAAUAUAUCUAAAUAAAAAUGACGUGUGCACCCUAUAGUGACACUGAUGUUAGGUCCUCUUCCAUUGAUUUUUUUUUUCUUUGCCAGGAUAUGAAAAACAGAAUAGGGUAAGGGUAGACAGUGAAAAAAGACCUGCACAGAGCAGUAUUUUUAAAAAUAGGUGUCUGUUGUAGAUAGAAAAUAUAUUGAUAGCUUCUGGUGUAUAACUGGAAAUGAAAAACCAUUACACAUCACUCUACUUUACACCAGUGUUUGGCUGUGAUAUUCGGUAAAACCGUUUGACAAGCCCCCAUGACAUAUUUGACAGGUGCUGCUCCUACCCCUACUACAUCUGACAGAGAGCGGGGAAGCUCCCGCUUAGGAGUGGAAUCAGCUGACACUCUAAAGCACUGUGCUAGGCCUGAACAUCACAGCUUAGCUCAGGAGAGUUAACGGCAGCUCCUGAGCAGGAGGUUCUGCUUCUCACUGAGCUGUAGUGGAGGGGGGAUGUGGCACCUGGCAGCCACCUCGUGAGAAGUCAAGCUGUUCUAAAACAUUUUGAGUCUUUACAAUAGUUGGCCACCAGGGUGAUUAUUGUGCUUAGAUUUUUCCUUUAAUAAAAGAACAACACCAUAAGUGUUAUCUUUCUUUUUUUUCCUGCAAAACUGCAAUGUAUUACAUUGCAGGUUUUAAAUUGCAGGGCCUCUCCACUCAGACUACUCUGUUGACUACUUCUCUCCAAAAAAUAGCCAUACAAGGCAUUUCUAGCCAUGGUUCCAUGUCCCCUGCAAUUCCUCCACCAUUUAGAUGAAAGACCUCUAUAAAUUUUCUGCAAUUGUGAAGGUGCCAAAUACUAGACAUGUGCAACUGGUCUCAAUUCCAAAACUCCUUACAAACCAAAACAAACAAGAACAAAUUGGAAUUGGAAAUAAUUUAAACAAAUAAUAUAGGAUUCAUUCAUUUUUCUAAGGAUAGCAAAUGAUAUUCUAAGCAACUAGAUGUAUCUAAUACAUGACUAACAGAACAAAAUGAAUGUAUACAUGCAGUAUAUACAAUAUAUAUAUAUAUAUAUAUAUAUAUAUAUAUAUAUAUAUACAUGCAACAUAUAUAUUCUAUAUGCAUGUAGCACAUAUGUUCUUUAUACAUAUAGCACAUACUAUAUAUGAAACCUAAACAUGCAUAAAUUGGGUGCUGCUGGGGCCAACCCAUACAACACGCUAGGGUUGCCACCUGGCCAGUAUUUUACCGGCAUGGUCGAUAUUUCAGGUUGCCUGACCGGUGCCAGUAUUGCUAUAAUACCGGCAAUACAAAUGCCAGUAUUUUUUUAUGUGAUUGCAAUUAGACGCAAUAUCGCUGUCGGCCAGUAGGUGUGUGGAGAGAGGCAGGGACAGGAACUUCAUCUCUCUGCCUCUCUCUAUACUCUCAGUCCGCGGGGGAGCAACACAGCGCAGAGCCAGCAGCUCCUAGCCUGCAAUCAGCCUACUGAUCAGGUAAGUGAGUGGGGGUCCUAGUAGUGAGGUAUGGGGGGGAAGAAACUAGAUGGGGGACUCUAAUAGUGAGGGAUGGGGGGACACUUGAUGGGGGGACAAUAGUAUUGAGGGAUGGAGGGACACUAGUAGUGAGGGAUGGGUACAUUAGUUGGGGGCACACUAAUAGUGAGGGAUGGGGGCACAUUAGUAGGAGGAAAGCUAGCUGUGUCCUUUGUUGGGACAUCUAUAACCAGUACACAUUCAGUUUUUUGUUUUUUUUUCUGAAUGGUGAGAUUUGUGUGCUAUGUGCUAUUAUGUCUAUAAAGACAGAUAUCUUUAUUAGAAUUAACUACAGAAGAGUUUAUAACUAGAGAUAUAUAGAUAUAUGUUAAGGCAGAGCCUGGAGUUGUGGGAGGGGUUUAUCCGGCCUAUUUAUACCCAGACUUGCCUCUAUUCAGUGCCGACAUCGAUCCAGACUCCUUAGCGACCACUUCCGGUUCCGGUCUGCCUCAGGUUUGCUCCCACCGAUAAAGUAGUACCACACAGAACUAAUCCCAGGAGACUACCGGCUUUCACCCGCAGCCAAGAACUACUUCCAGGCUCAGGGAGGGUACACUUCCCUGCAGGCGGUCCGGACAGACAGCCGCAAACUAAAACGACGCAGUCCACUCCCGUUGCUGCUUUAUGGCGUCGCAAUCGUACCGCAAGUUACAACGGUAUCGUGAGUAUCUCCGGAUCAGCGCAGCUCUUCCAGGCAACCUCCCCAGUCCGAGCCACCUUUCAAGUCACAACAUCUGGCUCAGAUCCCACUGUGCACCACCCCCCCCUCCUCCAUGGCCAGACCACCUCCAGACACACGUCGAACUUACUCUCCAUCGCUCAUAGUCACUGCUGGUUCUUGUGUGUCACCAAUUUCUGACCCUCCCGCAGCUUCCGAGUCCCUAUAUCCUGCUUUCCGGGUCUGUUCGUCCCGCAGAUCAUGAGUUACCCAUGCUGGGCAUCAUACACAGACUUAAUUCGGCCAUUAAACGGCACUAACACUGGGACUGACCUAACUUAUUUAACUACCGAAUACAUUCCAGUCGGUCACAGUCACUUCUUUACAUUCGGUCCACGAUUUGACCACCUUUCAGCCAGUUCAGCCGCACGUUACAUAUUCACAUUCCUUGUUCUUUGUAUACUGCCCUCUUGCGGCCAGUCGUGCAUGACAGCCUUGUCGGUUUAGUUUUGUUUUUAAAUUGCAUGAUUAUGUCCCUUAGUUUGCAAAAUUGUUUGCUAUUUACUUAGUCGUGUUCAGUCAAAUUUACAGUGACAUUAUAUCCACACAGCAAGUUCCAUAAUUAACGCUUAUCAUAAGCAUAUUCUGAUGUUUCAUAUAUAUAUGUUAAUCCACUUCCCAAUUAGGAGUGUUCCUUUCCUAGACAUCAUGCUAAUUAUCCUCCUAUACAUACAUACCACUUGGUUCAUACAACCUUACUAUGUUAGUGCUUUCCAAUUAUGCACAGUAUGGCCGCUAGGUUCACACUCGCGUUCGGCCACCAUUUGCAUUCCUGGGUUUUGGAGCCGCGGCUUUGUUAAAUUCUGGUUGCACGUGGGUAUGUAUGAUAUACAGUCCUACAUUAACACGUGCAUUCUCUCAUGCUCACUGGUUAGUACACUAGGUGCUUAUGGAGUCACUCAAGGGGUCACACUGAUCUCUCGACUCCCAUUAUAUCUCACCUAAUAUUUGAUUGUUCCGUAUUCAUGCUUACACUAUCCACAUGACACUCAGAUGGCAGCCUACUAAGACAUACUUUAGCCCCGCCUUUGGGCAUUAAGUUCAAUUUCCAUUCUGCUUACAUGGGUAUGCGUAUGCGGCUAUAGCCACACAUAUGUACAGCCAACACUGAACCCGCACCAUAUAAUUAAUACAUCCAAUAAAUCACGUACUACCUGUACGCGGCCACCUUGCCAUUCAAGCAUUACAAUGGGCUGGGCCUUGGACUGUAUACUUAAGUCACAGCUCUCCCUAGGCCUUCACAACUUACUUUUCGUAUGGCAAUCAGGGCGCUUAACGCUACAACUUACUUUCUGCCCCUCCAUUUUGACAUUACAUAUGGAAGCCGUACAGCUGCCCGGGAUUAUACACUGCUAUAGCAAACCAUGUUCAGAAUACACCAUCCAGUCAAACAGCCACACCUACCCAGCGGACUACACUCGGGGCAUUCCAAAAGGACCAAAUCCCCUCUUUACUUACGUCUAUCCAUCUUCCCUUAUUAUGCCACUUCAGCAUUCACAUUGAUAUACGUUAUGGGCAACCACGUCACCUACAUUAUUUCACGUACCGAUUUGUUGCAGUCAUUCAAUUAAUGAAGUAGCCUGGUCACAGCCUGUAGACGGCCCGCCAUUACAUUAUACAAUUCUAUUUUGUCUAUCCCACCCCCUCCCUCCCCCACUACUCCUGAGGGACCAGCGCAUAUACCAGGAAUCUUAUACUGUCCAUCCUGUGUUCUCGGGCCAUUUUAAUGCUCGCAUGAUUAACCAACGAUAGCCCCACAUAAUGGAUACAUAUAUUGCAGCUCAUUAUACAGUUAGUCAGCUCCUAUGUCAAUUCUAGCCUACAAGAGUUAACUACCACUCUAUAAUACUGCAGUCAAUCACUACUCACGGUCUCCCUCAAUUUGUUCCAAACUGCCACCGCAGGCUACUCAGUACAUCUUAAUUAUAGCUCCUCGAAUGGGCAAUUACACAUGGCAUAAUCUCUACAUUCUGGCACUUGGCCUUCAGUAAUACCACUACGCACAGCCCUUGUGAGGCCAUCGCUACCCACGUUACAUAUGGCCCUCCGCGGGCAAUUCAUUCCGACACAAUUACGGCCCCUCAUUUGGGCAUUAACAUACGACAGCGGCAUCAUUAGGCCCACUUAACGUACGACCCUCUCUCUCUGCAUUUCUAAGUCCAGUUGCAGGCUUAAGGAAUCUCUGACAUUCAUAUAAAGAGUUGUUGUUUAAAUACAUGCUUCAGGUCCUUCAGAAAUGCCUCUAUACUCGGCCCUCACUUGACCAUCACUACCUACAUUAUAUACGACCCUCUCACUGCAGUUAUGUGUACAGUCGCAGGCACUUCUUGUAUAUCUGAUAUUCUUUCCCAACAGUGAACUUGAGACAUUGGUCAAAUACAUAAAUCAGCUCCAUCGGAAAUACCCCUAUAUGCAGCCCUCACAAGGCCGUCACUACCUACGUAGCAUACAGCCCGCCGUGGGCAAUUCUCUACGACACUAUGCCGGCCCCUCAUCCGAGCUAUUAUGUACAACCGUGGCUUCAUUGGACCCACUCAAUUCCUUGUACGACCCUCUCUCUCUACAUUUCUAAGUCCAGUCGCAGGCUUAAGGAAUCUCUGCCAUUCAUAUAAAGAGUUGUUUAAAUACAUGCUUCGGGUCCUUCAGAAAUGCGCGGCCCUCACUUGACCGCCACUACCUACUUUAUAUACGGCCCUCCGCGGACAAUCCACAACGACUCAGUUCCGGCCCCUCACUCGGGCCAUUACAUUUAACUGUGGCCUCAUUCAGCCCUCUCAAUUCCCCGUACGACCCUCUCUUUCUGCAUUUAGGAUUCCAGUCGCAGGCUCUUUACAAAUCUAUGAGAUAGAUAUAGAUAGAUAGAUAUAUAUGUGUAUAUAUAUAUAUAUAUAUGUAUCUCAAUAGUAAACCAGAGACGAUGUUCGACUAAAUACCUCAGGUCCUUCAGAAAUACCGCUAUACACGGCCCUCACUGGCCACCACUACCUACGUUAUACAUAUGGUCCUCCAUGGGGACUUCACCAUGACACAAUUCCCACCCCUCACUUGGGCUAUCACAUACGACCGUGGCCUCACUGGGCCCACUCAAUUUCACGUGUGACCCUCUCUCCGCAUUGUUAGUUCUAGUCGCAGGCACUUAUUGUAUCUCCGAUGCUUGCCUUGACAGUGAACUAGAGACGUCGUUUAACACAAACUUCAGGUACUUCGAAAAUGCCUCUACACACGACCUCACUGGGCCGUCAGUACCUACUUCAAUAUGCCACAGUGGACUAACGCCAUAUGAGCAUUCUUGAAGCUAGGAAGUUGCUACCUAUACAUCUGUCACUGUGGCAUUCACAUGGUUCCAAAUGGAAGGCACGUACUGUCUCGCCAUGCGUCGGACGUUUUGGGCUAUGAGUAGCCCUGAACUUUAGACAUGUUCACGGAAACACUAUGCCGGCUCCUCCAAAAUAUGUGAGCAACAGCCCGGUAGCAAUACUCUACCCUGAUGGUUUCCUCUGGGACGAGGAUCCCAACAGAACCCCUCAAAGCAUCACCGAUACCAUGGAACUAUUCACCUCAUCAGGAAUCUCCCCUAACCGGCGAGGAACCAACAGGGCCUUCCACCAACCUAACCUUUUAGAUAUCCUCAGCAACCAUGCUAGCCAGGUUACCCGACGAUAAAGUACAACGCAUCGGCAACGAGUGGCAGGGUUCUCACACAUGAGUAAUCGCUCCCGCAAAGACCUGCAAUCCCUACUUGUCUCUCUUACCUUCACAUUUCACGCAAUACCAUUCCUGAUAAAUAUGCAGCAGGAUACUCUCCUCUUUCCCACAGCACACACAAAAGCUAGGCUGAUUUCUGAAAAGUUAAUUUGCAAUUAGUAUCUUGCAACAGAGAUGCUUCUAUGAAGGCGCUCCCUUAGGGUACAGUUUCUCAAAAGGCAUCAGCGGUCAGCAGAUGCUUGCCAGGAAUCAGAGCUAAUGAAAUUAUUUAACUGCAAAAAGUUGAAAUGGUACAAAGCUGUGGGCAUGGUUGGCCGUAAGAGCAGGCAAUCUCUGCAACUGGUGCCCAAAAAGAAGCUUUGGGGAAUCUCAUGGAUGUGAAUGAACAAAGCCCCCUUGGGUGAAAGGAUUAGGCAUUAUGAAAAGAGAGAAGUGGAAACAAAUAGCAAAUCUAGUAUGAAGGGUAGCUCACACCGGGCCACUUUCCUAGAAGCUGUUUCCUUUGCCAACCACAGUAAGGCCGGUCCCACAAUCUCAGUUUUGACUGCUGGACAAUGUCUACUGGGCUUGGACUAAUGUAAAGUAGUUGUGUUGCCUUAUUGUACAUAUAGUGACACGGCCAGCCUAGAUCUCAUUUGGAAUUAGAAAUGGAAUUAGAAAUGCACAGGUGCGAGUGGUUCAGCCUAGACUUCCUACCUACCCACACUUAUCAUACAAUAUAGGAAAAAAGCCUAAUGGGGAUAGGAUUUUAUGAUUGAUCUUCAUUUUGAUAACAUUAAUAUGUUCCAUGCAAGAGAUAUGAGGAGAUGGCAAUGCUCUCAAAUCUUACUGUAAAAGAUGCAGAGCAAUAUGAGAAAAUUGACCUGGUAUAUGUUUUGCAGCAGUGAGGUGACCCAAACCUUUUAUGUUCCCUUUUAAAGGGGACAGAGAUGUUAAGGAUCUCUGAUUUAUGAGCUUUAGAUUUAAGACCCACACAUUUCAAAAUCAGGGAGUAGAUUGGAGAGCAUUAUUGCUGGCUUCUCGUCAAAGAAGAACAUGUAAUCCGCAUACGCAGCCACUUUAUGCUCCACUCCACCAAACUGAAAGUAUGAGAUAUCUGGGUUUGUUUGAAUAGCAGAAAGAAAGGGCUCUAGAGAUAACACAAACAAAAUAGGGGACAAAGGGCAGCCCUGGUUGGUGCCGUUAGUACCAGGCACUUUUUGAUUGGAAAAAAAUAUUAGCGUGACAUUUAUUUAAAAAAAGGGAUGCAUAGAUAGGAUAUAAGGAAAUGUAACAGCAAUUAUAUGCAUAGAUUGCUUUGCAAACAAACUUAAAAAAAAGUUUUAACUUACACAAACUUAUUUCUUCAUAUUUGUUCAUCAGUUAUAAAGAAAUAUUUGUGAAAUGAAAUACUUUACACAGUGCUUAGUGUCCUUUAACUUUCAAUAUAUAAUAAAGGGUCUGCAAUGUUCGUAUGUAAGCAAAAUUUAUUUAUAAGCAAAAUGCAAUUUUUUUCAUAUACAGCAGAUGUGACAAAUAUAUAAGUACAAAUGGUCAAAUACCUAAUAGGUAUUUGCAAGGAAGCUGAAGGAAUUACUAGCAGUACAGCUUACUAAAAAUGGCAACAGAAUGUAAAAAUGUCUGCUCUUAAGGAUAAUGCUGACAUAAAGUUAAAUCAUAUAUUCCUAAAAUAAGUUCUGGAAUACUAAUGUAAUGCCAACAGUGAAAGGUCUCCUCCUACUCCUUGACUGUAGGAAUAGUAAAAUCCAUAAAAGCAGGGGUGAGCUUACAUUUUCAGCAACUUUACAGGCAUUGUAUCAUUAAGUAGUAGCUUCUGGCAGAUACAUUUGUUUCUCAACAGGCUGGUAAACCUAACUAGAUUAUAAAAAAUAAAUAAAAAAAUUACAAAGUGAGCAAGGCUUUAUUGUCCAGAUUUCAUACAAAAUAAAAGUUUAUUCUCGAUUUUCGUAUUGAGGAGCUUAAGUAGUUACUAAUUGCAUUCCUUACAUUUUGAGUACGGCUCUCCAUAGUAGUUUGUAUUUUUAUGCCAAGUUAUAUACCAGUAGGUGCCACAAUAUAUGUUUAAUAAGGAAGAUAUGGCAGACAAUAUACAGAUUUAGUCAAAUGUACCACACCAAUCACAGGUCUAGUUCCUCUGAAGCAUCAUUGUGUUUUGACAUGGCACAAUGGCACAAUAUUGUAUUUUGACAUCAUUGUGUUUUGACAUGGCACAAUAGUGGAUGUAUAAGAUAGCUGGAUCAUUAGAGGUCGGUUAUUAGCAAAAUUUGGGGUCUUUUAAAUAGAGUAAUUUAAAGGUACACACUUAAAUAUUUAUUCAUUAGUUGUCAAGAUGCACCAUUGCUAUAGUAAUGUGUCUGGAUAAUGAGAAUGAGUAAUCAAUUUUAACAAAGUUUAAUAUCUUAAAAUCACCAGAUAACUGCAUUAUGUGAGAACAUUUAAUAUUGUGUGAUAAUACUUUGUAGGCACUGUAGUGUACUGGUUUGAAGCCACUGUCCUGCUAAUUUAUAUAGGAGGGUGUGUUUAAACUUUUUGGAAUACCCAAUUAUGCCAUUAGCAAAGUCCCAAUUAAGGGGUAAAAUGUGUUUCGAAAAUAUUUGUUAAUCAAGAACGUGAUUUUAGCAUCAAUAGCACUUUUGAAGAUCAACGACUCUAAGGUUUAUAUAGACCCAAAGGGAGAGCGUUAAGAGACUCUCAUGCUGUUACAACUCCAAGGAAGACAGGUACCAUGCUUAUGAAAGCGGUGUCUAUCUCAGCACAAAUACUUGAGGGAAGACUUUUUAGUACUAUAAGAAGACUUUAGUAUGUAUAUGGAUACAUUUGUCUUUUUAUUUAUUUUCAUUUUACUUCUAUUGUAUGUGUAAUUUUACUAGGGUUGGUCAUUUUCUUUUCUAAUCUUUCAGGCUAAACUUUAUCUACAACUCCAGAAAACUCAGAGAUGUUGUGCAGAAUGACUUGUUGCCCUCAGCGGAAAUGGUCCUCGCUAUGAGACGCGAGUUUGGAAUUCCAGUUUCUUUGCUAGAUAUUUUUUCUGAAAGUGACAAGUUUUUCACUAACAAAGUGAUAAAAUCACAGAAAAGAAGUAAAACAUCCCAAACUAAACAAAGUAUGAUGUGCUAUUCAGUGGAUAAAUACAACUCACAAUAUAUUAAAUGGAAACAAGAAUGUGACCAACAUACAGACUACAUCAAGGUAUGUGUCUAGAAUAUACAUUUUGUUAUUAUUGUUGAGAAUAUGGGCAAAAGUAUUGGGAUACACCUCUUAAUUAUUGAAUUAAGGUGUUUGUCAGAUCCAAAUGUGUAUAAACUCCAACACCUUGCCAUGCACUCUGCAUUUACAAACAUUUGUGAAAAAAAAGGGUGGUUCUGAAGAGCUCAGUGAAUUCAAGUGUGGUACUGUGAUAGAAUGCCACCUUUGCAAUAAGUCAGCUUGUGAAAUGUCAUCUCUGCGAAGUAGUGUCAUCGAGUCUUUGAGGUAUGACCUCAUGAUUUUGACAGAUGGCUAUAGUAAAAUGUCUAUAUAUUCGGACAGAUUAGAUAAUAUAGAAUUUAUACCAGAGACAAUAGGUCUACCUGGAGAAUUCUUUUCAUCUUUAUGUAUUUUGGGUAAAAAGUAGAUUACUGGGAUUUUGGGAUGUGGGGUAUGUUUAAAUAUUCAAACUCUUUUUUAGUGAGUUUAAUUUUUUUUGUUAAAUAUAGAAAAAUUAAGGUUAAUAAGUCCAGAACUUAGGUGCUCCAAUCACCAAUGUGAGUCACUUAUCACAUAAAACAAAUAAACCAAUAUACAAAGAAUGUGAGUGGUGAGAGCACACUAUAUAACUUUACAACUUUACCCUUAUUGUACAUAAAAUCCCAUUGGGAAUCUAAAACCAAGAAGAGAAAAAAACAUAUAGGGUAAUAACGAAGCAACUAUGAUUAUUAAUACUGUAGAUGGUCAAACUCACAUGGUCAUGAGCCACUUAUAAAAGCUGGCUCAGACUAAUGGCAUGUCAAAUCAGCGUUUGUAAAGUUGAACUCCAAGCUAGAUUUCCUCUGUGGUCCUCAGUUCAAACUGCUUCAAUCAAUUCUGGAUGCAGGAAGUGAUGAAGUACAAAAAAACUUUUAUUUCCACAUACAAUAGGUAGCUGGAUACAAAUAAAACAAACACUGAUAUUAUAAAAAAGUCCACUUUAGAAUAAAACUUGACGCGUUUCGGCAUAUAGCCUUUUUCAAAAGUUCAUCCAUCUUCCUCUUUCUUUCUCGUUUAAAUACCUCUCUUUUGGCGCUCUUUUCUUCCCGCCGGCUGUGAUUUCUUCUUUCUUCCGGUUUCCGGUAUCUGGCCGCAUCUACGCUGCUUUCCGGCGUCUGGCCGCAUCCUCCUCAACUUCCGGCGGCAUUCCUGAUCGCGACGUCCCCUACGUAUGACGUCACGACGUUCUCUUCGUAUUGCCGUCGUGACGCAUGUGUCAGGGGCGGGGCCUUCUGUGCUAAACUGAAUUUCCUGAAUUUCUCGUCAAAAACUUCAACAAAAGAGUACGAUAUAUAUGUGAUACUUAUCGCAAAAAUUAAUGGUACUAUAUAUACUUUGGUUAAUGUUUAUGCACCAAAUUCGUGCCCAGGGGACUGUGGCGGCAGUGGCGUAGCGUGGGUUGUCAGCACCCGGGGCAAGGCAAGUAAUUUGCGCCCCCUAACCCGUGGAUUUUAGCAUUCGAGUCUCUUCCAAUAGAUUAGUUAAAGAAACCCUUACCCCCCAAGCAUGUAUUGUUUGUUAUGAAAAUACUUAUGUAAUUAAAGUAAAAUGCAUCUAAAUACAAGUUUAUUUUCCAACACUUUAUUGAGUGCGAACAUGCAUUACACACAUUCUCCACAUUUUCAGCAGGUCUAUGAAUACAAAUAUACAAAUGUAGUAACCUAGCAUGGGCCAUGCUAUUAUAUGUCGUCUACAUAUCGUAAACGACAAAAAAUAUCAAGAACAAAAACUAAAAAAAAAUCUCUGUAUUACAAUACAAUACAUGAACAUAUUGAUUUACUGCACCCAUCCCCUCCCCCUAAAAAUACAUUUCCACCAUUACAGAUUUUUUUUUUUAUCUAUACACAUUGCAUUUUACUACCCCCAACCCCUCCCCCUAAAAAAAAUCUCUUUAUUACAAUACAUGAACAUAUUGAUUUACUGCCCCCACCCCCUCCCCCUAAAAAUACAUUUUCACCAUUACAACUUAUUUUGCAGAUUUUUUGUUAUAUACACAAUUAACACAUUGCAUUUACUGCCCACUCCUCCUAAAACUAUAAUUUACUUUACAAAAAAGAGAACAAGGAACACAACGUUCCAAGUCCCUGUAUAGCCGCCGCACCCACCACCUCAAAACCUCCCCAAAAGGGGGGCAGUGGCUGCAGGGGUCACGCAGAGACCAACGUACCAGUAUGAGACUCCAGCUGUCUCAGAGGGGCUUAACCCCAAAUAUAAACACAAGAACAGAGAAAUAUGCAGACCGUCUCAAUUAUAUGAAUGAAACUUACUGCAUUGACUGGAAAAAAUAUAUCUAUGUAUAGCGCGAUGUUCCAAAUAUAGAACCUGGCUAUUAGAAAUAAUAUGGUCAGAGACCCUAAUUAAACAAAGUAUAUACAAAUGAACCUACAAUCCUAUGCCAGCCCAGGGUAGUAUAGAUCAAGAGGUAGUAAAAAAGAUAACCUCACUCCCCCUUAUAAUUAAGCUUUAUUGUGAUCUGCUAUAGGGAUAGGAGUAUACAGUAGCUAAGUCUCUAUAAUCCAUGCAUCCUAGGAAGUAUCCUGGUCACACUAGAAACAUAUUAAGAAAAACAGAGAGAGAUAAGGACUGAAAAUAAAAGUAAAAAAAUCAGUCAAAAACAGACUGAUAAUUAGCAUUAAUAAAGCCUCUCUCCCUGUAAAGCUAGCUAGAUAGGCAUAGGAAAGAAAAGAAGAAAAUGAUAUAAAAUAAAGUUAAAUUAGAUGGUGAUCAUGGUGCUCCAAACACCAGUGCCCAGUGCAGAAAAAACGCCCAACGUACGUUUCGGUGCAGAGAGAUGCACCUUCGUCAGUCAAUAUAAAAAAAUAAAAAAAAAAAAUACUUACACUUCUCUGAACACUUUCUCUGAAGAUACCUGCAGCUGCUCUCUCAGGAUGCUCGGCUAGGAGAAAGGGUGUGAGGGUGUUCCUGGCGUACUUCAGGUGGAGGCUAUGCGCAUGCGCUGUUACCGGCCGUGACUCAUUUCAUGACAUCACGGUGCGCGCUUGCGUUCAGGCGCAGGGGAGGUCAGAAGGAGGAGCCACCGAGCCAGUCCGUCCUACACUAUACGGCAAUGCCGGCCGCAUAGUGAAGGAUCGGAAUUCUGUAGCCACGGCCGGCGAGGCUCAAGAGAGGCAGCUACUGCGAGUGCGAGCGCGCCCCCCCAGAUGUUGCACCCGGUGCGGCCGGCCCCCCCUGCACCCCCCACGCUACACCUCUGUGUGGCGGAACCAACCUCGCCACUAUGCACUGGAGAAGCCUGGUUGCCAGCCUCCUGCCAUGUGACUAUGGCCCCUGGGAUGUAUUGCCCUUUAAAGACAUGAUUUGGGCAUAAUGGAUUUGUGUUGUGCUGCUGCUGGCCCUUUUAAGAACCAUCUGGGGACAUACUAUGGAGUUACUGGGUGGCCACCAUUUCCUGUAUCAGAAGCACAUGAUGAGAACAAUGGAUGGCGGCCAUUUUAACUCACAGACACUGUGUGGACUUUUCAACACGGUGCCAUCUCGCCAGUAUUUGUUGCACAGAGACAUUGUGCGGUGGUUUUGGACUAUACAGCAGGGGACACAUUAUACAGUGAUUGUUUUUUAUUUAGCCUGUAUAUGUUCUGCAGAAUCUGCAUUAAACUGUAUUUUCCAAAGUACUGAACGGAUCUGGGUGAAUUUUGGAUAUGUGGUUCACCCAGAUCCCCCAGUUCCAAGGAUAUACUUUUUAUGGGGUUAUUGCAUGUUUUGGGGUCCCUGUGAUGUGUUUUAUGAAACUGUAUUUCUCUGGCUGUGAUAAUUAGAUUACCCAUUGUGUUCAGUAAUCAUAUCACAGCCAGAGGGGAGGAUUUUGUGUGGGAGUGUCUGGGUGUAUUGUAUGGAUUGAUUGGCUGUUUUGUAGCGCCCUGUGGGCUGUACUAUGUUUGUGGAUUGGGAAUAAAAGAGACUGUAUGUGACAGUACAGGGAGUUCCUGUUUUAACCCUCAAAGUGAAGUGUUGUCUCAUUAUUGGGGGAAGGAUUUAUUGUAUGCUGUUCCAGUUUGACUGCUAGGAGAGUAAACCUAUUCGUAUGGUUCCUAUUCAACUGUCUACAGCAUUCAUAUGCUUGAGAAAAGGUAUACGCUUCUCUGGUUCGGUGAUUGUGGUGUCUGCUGCAGUGCUUGGAGUCCUCAGGAAGCGCUAGGAGCAUCUUUCAACGGAGGUACCCAGUCGGGGUGCCAGGCGAUCCGUUACAUGACUUUUUGGAUAAAAUUAUGGAAAAGGUUGAUGAAUUAGCAUGUGGUAACAUCAUAAUUGGGGGAGACUUCAACUGUGUAUUGGAUCCAACACUGGAUAAAAGUUAUAAAAAUGUUAGAGAUUACAAAUUUGCAAAUACCUAUGUUUCUGAUUUUUCUAAAUUUCUAGAUUGGAAUUCUCUAUUUGAUUGUUGGAGGAUUUUGAAUCCUAGUGAGAGAGACUAUACUUUUUUUUCACAUGUCCAUCAGACCUAUUCUCGAAUAGACAUGUUUUUGGUGAAAGCGGGGUUUCUGAGCUCUAUUAUUAAAUCCAAUAUUGGAUCCAUAGUUAUAUCAGACCAUGCACCAGUAUUCAUUAAGGUUAAGUUAAAAGGUGGUCAUAGACCAAGGACAAGGUGGAGACUUAAUGAAAGCCUCCUGAAAUCAGAGUGCAACAUUGAUUUUUUGUCAUCUGAAAUUGAAAACUUUUUGAUCACCAAUGAUAAUGGGGAAGUUUCUACGGCAACGGUAUGGUGUACCCUUAAAAGUUUUACAAGGGGAUUAUUGAUUAAACUUGGUUCAGAAUCUAAAAGGAAGAAGGGGGAAUCUCUUCAAGAGUUAAGAAUAAAAUUGGUAAAUAAGGAACGUCUAAAUAAAAAUAGGGUGAAUAAAGAUUUAAUUGAAGAAAUAGCUAAGUUAAGGGAAACUAUCAAAGAUAGAAUUUAUGAUACGGUUAAUAAAAAUAUACUAUUCCUUAAACAAAGAAGAUGGUACCAUAAUAAUAAUAAUAAAAUAAAUAAAGACCUUUCUAACAAAAUUAAAAAUAAUCUCAAAGAUAAAUUUAUAAAAAAAAUUGUUUUAGGUGAUAAACAUUUAGUGUCACCAAAUGAUAUUGUAAAUGCAUUUGCGGAAUUUUAUAAAUCUUUAUAUAACCUAAAGGAAGUAGGGAGGAGUAGAGAAGAAAUGGAUACAUUUUUGAGCAACCUUAAAUUACCAAAAAUUAAUCAAAGGAAGUUGGAAUUGCUGAAUGCCCCAUUCUCACUAUCAGAAGUAAUAGAUAAGUUAAAAUCGAAUAAGGCUCCAGGCCCAGAUGGCUUCUCAUCAAUGUUUUACAAAACUUUUUCUAGACUCAUUUCCCCUAUCCUCUUAGAGAUGUUUAUGAAGGCGUCCGCGGAUACCCCCUUCCCCAAUGAGAUGCUAUUGGCUUCAAUCAUUCCUAUACCCAAAGUAGGGAAAGAUCCAACACUUAUUACUAACUAUAGACCUAUAUCUCUUAUUAACUUAGAUAUAAAGAUAUUCUCUCAAAUAUUAUCUAACAGAUUUAAAAAGGUAAUCGGAGAACUGAUUGACGUUGAUCAGUCUGGAUUUGUGCGAGGGAGAGGUACUACAGAUAAUACACGUAGGACAUUUAAUUUAAUACAUAGAAUAAAUGAGCAUAAAUGGGGAUCUGUUAUUAUGGCUCUCGAUGCUGAGAAGGCCUUUGACAGAGUCAAUUGGAGAUUCCUGGACUCUGUCAUGGGCCAAUUUGGCUUAGAGGGUCAGUUUAGACAUAAAAUUAUGUUGCUAUAUAGGAAUUCUACAGCUAAAAUAAUUAACCCUCUUGUUGAGUCUGUCCACUUUGAGGUCAAAAAUGGUACUAGACAGGGUUGCCCUUUGGCUCCCCUGUUAUAUAUUCUUACAAUUGAACCUUUGGCCACUUUGAUUAGACAGGAUAUUAACGUAAAGGGGGUCAAGUCUCUCAAUGGGAAAACCAAGGUUUCCCUUUUCGCAGACAAUGUCCUCCUUACUCUGACGGAUCCAAUGGUUUCAAUCCCAUCGGUAUUGGAUGUUAUAUCCAACUAUAGUAGUUUUUAACUACAAGAUCAAUAUGAAAAAAACUCAAAUUUUAGCCUCUUUUUUAUCUGAGGCUCAGAAAGAUCUUCUGACUGCACAUUUCCAUUUCUCGUGGGCAAAAGAUACUAUUGGUUAUUUGGGGAUUAAAAUAUCCUUUGAUAUAGAGAGGACGAUACAAACAAACUAUGAUACAUUAUUAAGAGAUUUGCAACAAUUGGUAGACAAUUGGAGGAAGAUUGAGUCCUCAUGGAUAGGUAGAUUAAAUAUGACCAAGGCAUUUCUGAUACCUAAACUUAUAUAUUACUUUAGGGCGAUUCCUUAUAGAUUGGGGAAAGGUAUUCUUAAUCGUUUUCAAACUUUGAUUUCUAAAUGCAUUUGGGCAAAUAAACCACCUAAGAUAGCUUUUGACACUCUUCGAAGGAGCUAUCAGAAGGGUGGUAUAGCAUUUCCAGAUGUUGAUAAAAUUCAUGAAGCAUGUAUGGCGACUCAUCUUUUACAGUGGCUAGACAAGGAACAGGGAUCCAUAUCAUGGCUUACCCUAGAACAGGAGGAUAGCCCUAAACAUAAAUUGUUUGUUCUUUUUUGGAUGGGUUUGUUAAAUUUGGGUGAAUUGGAUACCAAGAAUUUUUCGAACCGGAUAUUGAUAGAUAUGAUCAAUACUUCUAGAAUUCUAAAUAAGAAAUUGAAGUUAGAAGAUAAAUUAUUAUAUAGAGUUCCACUAGUGGUCCUACAACAUAUAAUGGAUAAUAUAAAUGUUCAGCCUUGGAUACAUCUAGGUAUAGUGAAGAUCUCGGAUUUAUGGGAUGGAUUUAAACCCAUCCCAUUUAUACAAUUGCAAGAAAAGUUUAAUCUUUCCCCUAGAGAUCUUUUCCAAUAUCUAAGGAUUAAGAAUUUUAUACUAUCUCGGACUAUACUUAAGGACCACAACGUUAAUCCCCUUAUUAUAUUAUAUAAAAAGAAGGCAGGGAUCUCUAGAUUUAUCAAGGUGCUAGAAUCAAUGGAACAAGACUCUCAUGCUACCUCCUUUGUUAAAUGGGAACAAGAUAUUGGGGAAUCCUUUUCACUUCUGGAAUGGACUACACUCCUGGUUAAACGUAGUAUACAUAGUGUCUCUCUUUAUGAAACACAUUUAAAGAUAAUAUAUAGGUGGUAUAUGGUACCGGCUAGACUAUAUAAGAUAUCAUCUGCCCAUUCUAAGAAUUGUUGGAGAUGUGGAAAGGAGGAGGGCACUAUUUACCAUAUAUGGUGGGAAUGUCACGGUCUUGAUAAUAUAAAAACUCAAAUGCUUGGCCUUAUUAAUUCUAUUUUUAAGGAGAUAAAAGAAAUUAGCCCUCAACUUUUUCUCUUUAACAUUGGCUUUCCUUCGCAGGAUAAAUAUCAAAAAUAUCUCUUGACUCAUAUAUUUUUUGCCAUUAAAAUAUGUAUAGCUAGGGCUUGGAAAUCUGCUAUCCCAUUAAUAUGGCACAAUAUUAUGGAGCAAAUAGAUUAUCAAUAUAGGAUGGAAUUAAAUCCCUUUUUUGGUAUUAGAGAUGUGGCCAAACUAUGGUUACCCUGGACAAACAGACAGAAUUCAUGAUGACAUAUUUUGGUUCCCCCUUAUCGAGUCUCAGAGGAUGUAUUAUUUGUAUUAUAAUUAUUUACAUCUUUAUAUUUUUUUUUUUUCCUAUCAAUGUGACAAUUAUAUCAUGGAAAUUUCUGGUGUUAAUUCUUUGAGAGUGAUUGGCAAUGGUCAAAUGUAGUGUGAUUGAAUAUACAUCGGGUGUACGACGGUUUUCAAUGGAAACACUGCACUAUUUGUGGAAUCAUUUGAUGCCUAAUUUUAAUUUUUUUUUCAGUGCCUUUAUCACAAUAUACUGCCAGCUUAUCCAUACUAUUAGCAGUUAUAUUGAUGGUUUUAAUCUUUCUUUCUUUUUUUUGCCUUUUUUUUUUUUUUGAUUGUUUGUCUAACUUUGGUUGUCUUCUAUAAUAUGUAUUUCUGCAUAUGGUUGUCUUAAUGUGCUGGAGGAUUGCCUUUGGUGUACCUCACAUGCAAAUGUUAAAAAAAAUUUAUAUGACAAAAUAAAGAAAUAUGAAAUGUUAACAAAAAAAAAAAAAAAAAGAGAGAAUGGUAUUUUAAAUAAAAAGGAAUUUUUAAAUGUUAAGUUCCCAAAAAUUUCUGUAUUUUAUGUACUUCCAAAAGUACAUAAAGAUGCAGACAAUCCACCAGGGAGACCUAUAGUCUCCGGUAUAGGAUCCCUUUUAGCUCCACUUUCAAAAUAUAUAGAUCAGUUUUUACAAGAUCCUGUUAAGAAAUGUAGAGCGUAUCUUAAAGAUACAAUAAGUCUUUUAAAUAUUUUGAAUGAUUUUCAGUGGAAAGAAAAUUAUAUUUUGGCAACCGCAGAUGUGAGUAGCCUAUAUACCAAUACUGAUCACAGUAAGGGAUAUGAGGCUGCAGCGUAUUUUUUGAGAAAGUUUAGUGACCUGUCCGACAUUCAAAUAAAUUUUAUUAUAGAAGGAAUAGAGAUAAUACUCAAAAAUAAUUUCUUUUGGUUUGAUAAUAAAUUUUAUUUACAAAUUAAAGGCACGGCUAUGGGGACCAGAUUUACCCCAAGUUAUGCCAACCUUUUUAUGGCGUAUUGGGAAGAUCUUUUUAUUUAUAAGGAUGAAUUAAUUGGGGCAAAUCUGGUCCUCUAUAAACGUUAUAUAGAUGAUGUGUUUUUAAUAUGGAAAGGUAGUGAGGAAACACUCAAGACACUUUUUAAUAAUUUAAAUAAUAAUAAGUGGAAUAUUACCCUUACAUAUGAUAUCAGCUGCCAGACUAUUAAUUUUUUAGAUUUAACAAUUUUUAUUGAACAACAAAAAAUUAAAAGUAAAACUUAUUUUAAGUUGGUUGAUGUCAACAGUUUUAUUAAUUGUAAUAGUUGCCAUUUUAGACCAUGGCUAGAGAAUAUCCCAAAAUGUUGCGAGUUAAAAGGAACUGCACAGAAAAUAAAGAGUUUGUACAGCAAACAGAAAGAUUAAUGGGACAGUUUGAGGAAAAAGGAUAUGAAAGUAGUGUUUUGGAAAAAACUUUUAGAGAGAUUGAAAAAAUUGAUAGGCAAACACUUUUACAAUACAAAAAUAAAGUUUUGAACCAAAGGGAAGAUGAGGAAGUACCCCUUAUUUUUUAUUUUAGCUCCAAUAAUAGGGACUUGAGAAAAUUUUUUUAUAAAAAUUGGCAUAUUUUAAAAACUGAUGAUAGGUUAAUCAAUUUUAUAAAGGAUAAACCAAAAAUUAUUUUUAGAGGGGCAAGGAAUCUUAAACAAGUUUUAACAAAAAGUUUUUUAGAUAUUGAUAAGAAAGAGAAUUUUUUUAAACAACCAAAUGGAUUUUAUUAUUGUGGAGAUUGUAGGGGUUGUAAAACAACAAAAAAUAGGACCUAUAAAAAGAUCCUGAAUUUCUUGUCAAAAACUUCAACAAAAGAGUACGAUAUUAAAUCUUUUAUAACAUGUAAUAGUAAAGGGGUGAUAUAUAUGUUAAUCUGUCCAUGUGGACUACAGUAUAUAGGGAGGACUUCCCGCAGUCUUAAAAUUAGGAUCAGGGAACACAUUUAUAAUAUUAAUCGUAAGUUUGUGAAUCACAGUGUUUCUAAACAUUUUAUGGAAUAUCACAAUAGUGAUCCGAAACACCUAGAUUUUGUAGGAAUUGAAAGAGUAGAUAUACAUUGGAGAGGUGGAGAUAAAGAAAAUUUACUUAAUAGGACAGAAAUGAAGUGGAUUUUUAAUAUGGAUACUUUAAUGCCACAAGGUCUAAAUGUGGACUUUGAGAUCACCCCAUAUUUAUAAAGUUUAUAAAGUUAAUUUAAUUUUAAUUACCAUUUUCUAUAUAUUAAAAAGUUUUUUUUAAAUAAUAUUUUUUUUAAAAAUUUAAAUUUUUUAUUUUUAAACCUUGUUUGUAAGUUUUUAUUAAUAUAUGAAUUAAUAUAUUAUGUAGUGAUUUUCCUUUAGAAGACCCCCUAUAUAUUAUAUAUGGUUAUAUAGAUAAUCAUAUAUAUAUAUAUUUUUUAAUUAUAUAUUUACUGUAUAUAAUUGUCACGGUCCACGCCGUGACAUCCAGUCUGCCAGACGUGGUCGCUCUGGAAGCGCCCGAUAGGGGAUUUGAACUGUGGUUCUUCUGGACCAUAUCCUGCUGUUCUUCCUCUGAGCCAUUUCAGGACUUUGGAUAACUCCCUGUUUAUUCUUGUAUUGCCUGCAGCACCAGGGGGCUGGACUUCACCAAAGGCUCUGAUCUGUCAGUAACUCUCCAGCUGAAUCUGAUCCUAAUUAACAGGAUAUAAAAGCCUGCCUCACCCUGGGAGGGGUGUCAGUUCAUUGACUCUGGUUCUCUUGUUUGGUUCCUGUUACUCCGUACCUGCGUUCCAGUGAUUCUUGGCUUUCCGGCUUCUGACCUUGGCUUUCCUCCUGGACUACUCUGACCUCUGGCUUCCCUGAUUUUGGCUUCCCUUGACCACGCUUCUGCUUAUCCCUGCUGUACUGAGUCUUGGAGCACCUUUCCUGGAAAGCCCCCGUGCACAGACUAACAGGCCAGGUGGCGUCUUACCUGGUCACCCUGGUCUGUGUCUACUUUGCAAGGGUGAGCGUAUAACUCUGCGAGCUGGACUCCCUAUCAGGUAAGACUCCGUUACAGAUGAACUGAACAUGGAGUCUGCAGAGUUAUACAAGUUACUCACCUCCCUGGCCGAGCAAGUCUCCAACCUGUCCCAGAAUGUUACAGAUUUACAGAGACAUUCAUUGGCAUUUAAAGGAGCAACGCUUCCAGUCCCGGAACAUGUAUACCCAGAACCGUAUGUCUUUAUGCCUGACAGGUUCGACGGUUCCCGUUCUACUUUUCCGAUGUUCAAGACGGAUUGUGAGCUACUAUUUGCCCUGAAAUCGAGAACCUACGCCACCGACUUUAUCAAAGUACGCUCCGCUAUUAACCUAUGUACCGGGCGAAUUAAGGCGUGGGCACACCAGAAGUUGCAGGAGAGAAGUACUGUCUUGGACUCCUGGGAGUUGUUUAUGUCCGCAAUGGAUUCUCAGUGUUUUGCAGCAAGAAAAGCAACUUCCAAACCCAUUUCAGGUCCUCGCAGAACCCGGUUGCCUAGAGAAGAGGAAUUGUUUUAUGGAUACAAAAAUCCCAUUUUGUUGCAGCAUGAACCCACUUUCAAGGACCCGCCUUGUAACCCUGUUUACACUCGAGCUAGCAGUGAAACUCCAGUCGACAUGGAGGAACCCAUGGAGAUUGGCUUCACCAGGACUAGAUUGUCCCCUAAGGAAAAGGACCGCAGGAGAGCCCAUGGUCUAUGUCUAUACUGUGGGAAAAGAGGGCAUUUCAUAUUGCUUUGCCCGACUCGUCCACCUAGGCCAAGACCCCUUCUGUCUGGUGCCAUAUGGACUUACCCUGUCAUCCCAGCAAGACAGCCUGGACACUGCCAGCCCUGUCCCCGUCCUGUGACACAAAAGGGUACCCAAACUAAUACUGUUAAUGUUACCAGUACCUCUGUGGAAACUUCACCUCUUGCUCUAGAAAAAUUUGGACCACUUCCUGAUAACACUUCUGUUCAAGCAAGCACCAUCACCACUUCCUGCCUUGCCAAAACAGUUCUGCCUCCUGACUGCACCUAUGCCUCAAAUGGCACAGUUGUGUGUAAACAAGAUCUAGAAAUAUUCGAAAAGGCUUUGAAAGCUGCAAAUGCCUCCCCUAUAGCACCCGAAACUGGUACCAUAAAGUCCCAGUCUGUAGACUUUGAUUACAAAGACUAUCUUAGUGAUACUGAUACUGAAGAUGAAGAGUACCAUUUCCAGGAAGAGCCUGUUCACGCCCGGAGGGCGUUCUUGACGGGGGGGUACUGUCACGGUCCACGCCGUGACAUCCAGUCUGCCAGACGUGGUCGCUCUGGAAGCGCCCGAUAGGGGAUUUGAACUGUGGUUCUUCUGGACCAUAUCCUGCUGUUCUUCCUCUGAGCCAUUUCAGGACUUUGGAUAACUCCCUGUUUAUUCUUGUAUUGCCUGCAGCACCAGGGGGCUGGACUUCACCAAAGGCUCUGAUCUGUCAGUAACUCUCCAGCUGAAUCUGAUCCUAAUUAACAGGAUAUAAAAGCCUGCCUCACCCUGGGAGGGGUGUCAGUUCAUUGACUCUGGUUCUCUUGUUUGGUUCCUGUUACUCCGUACCUGCGUUCCAGUGAUUCUUGUCUUUCCGGCUUCUGACCUUGGCUUUCCUCCUGGACUACUCUGACCUCUGGCUUCCCUGAUUUUGGCUUCCCUUGACCACGCUUCUGCUUAUCCCUGCUGUACUGAGUCUUGGAGCACCUUUCCUGGAAAGCCCCCGUGCACAGACUCACAGGCCAGGUGGCGUCUUACCUGGUCACCCUGGUCUGUGUCUACUUUGCAAGGGUGAGCGUAUAACUCUGCGAGCUGGACUCCCUAUCAGGUAAGACUCCGUUACAAUAAUGUUGGGUUGAUCUCAAUUCCCCUUUCACAUAUAUGUAUAUAUAUGUUUUUAAAUUCAUGAAUACAAACAUGUUGUUAAUUCACAUAUAUAUAAUUCACAUAUAUAUAUAAUUAAUUUUUUUUCCUUUUUAUCCUUUCCUGUUUAGUAUAUCCGGAUAGUUUAAUUUUAAAUGUAUAAUUUUAAGGUUAUAAGAUGUAUAAUGUGGGGUGGAAUUGGAUGUAAUGUUUGCAUUUUUGCCCUUUCUGGACGUUUGUAAGAUCCAUUUCUAAAGAGGGCAAACUAGUUUAGCACAGAAGGCCCCGCCCCUGACACAUGCGUCACGACGGCAAUACGAAGAGAACGUUGUGACGUCAUACGUAGGGGACGUCGCGAUCAGGAAUGACGCCGGAAGUUGAGGAGGAUGCGGCCAGAUGCCGGAAAGCAGCGUGGAUGCGGCCAGAUACCGGAAACCGGAAGAAAGAAGAAAUCACAGCCGGCGGGAAGAAAAGAGCGCCAAAAGAGAGGUAUUUAAACGAGAAAGAAAGAGGAAGAUGGAUGAACUUUUGAAAAAGGCUAUAUGCCGAAACGCGGACCCUUAGAUAAAAAUAUUGAUAGUUUUUUUUUAUAGUUUGGGUGGGGUCUGAAGAUAGUUCACCAUAUACAUUCUGAUCGUUUAGUUGUCUUUUUCUUUUGUUUGAUUUUGUCUCAAUCAUGUAGUACCAACUUCUCAAACACCUCUAUAGGGCCUGACUUAAAACUGGAUGGGUAAAAAUUGGAACAUUUUUUCAGCAAGGUACUUAUUACUUGAAGUUUGUUUGUAGUGCAUGGGUCUGAGGUAGAGUUGCUUGGGGUGUUGUUGGGGGAGAUUGUUUCCCAGACUAAUUUAUACGCUAGCCAAUUUAGUGAUACCAAUCCAGGUAGCUAUACAGUCAGGGAAAAUGCUUGGCAUCCCACAGAUGUCCCUGAACUUAAAAAAUUCUGGGCUCUUACAAUGCUCAUGGGGAUUAUAAGGAAGCCAUCAAUUCGCUCUCACUGGAUCACCAACCCAAUCUGUUCUAGUCCGGUGUACUCCCAAACAAUGUCUAGAGCAAGAUAUGAGCUGCUGCUGCUGAGAUAUUUGCAUUUUAAUGAUACCCCAAAGAUCACCCCCAAUAUGAUACGCUUCAUAAAAUACGCCCAGCACAAAUUUUCUGAAGUUUAUACUCCUAGGGUUCAAGCAAUAUAUCCCCUCAAAGCACUCUAGGUAUGGCGUUAAAGUGUACAGACUGUGCAAGCGCGAAAGUGGCUACACAUUUGCCUUUCAUGUAUAUGAGGGGAAAGAUGGUCAACUGAACCUUCCUGGCUGUUCUGACUCUCUGGGUACAAGUGGGAAACUUGUUUGGGACCUACUGAUCCCCUUGUUCAAUAAAGGUUACCACCUGGCACCCUGACUGGGUACCUCCAUUGAUGGAUGCUCCUAGCUCUUCUUGAGGAUUCCAAGCACUCUAACUGACACCACAACCACCGCAGGCCGAACCUCUCUUCCUUCAGAGCGAAGCCGGAACGAGCUCUUAAAAGAGCUUAGGAGUGAUUAUAGCAAGGGAAUAUGCAGAGCAUAGCAAUUCCUUGUAGCAGAUUCCCCCAAUAAGAGACUCCAAAUUGAAGGUGAAGUAGAACUGUCUAAAACUUUAUUUUACUUGGGACUAGCCCAUCUGGUCAUUACAUGAACAUUGCUGUGAAAACUCAAUAAAAUUGCAAACAGUCAAAUCAUAGCAGGCAACAUACAGUGACUUAUUAUAACAUAAUUACAUAUUUAUAAAUGGGUGGGGAAGACCAUAAUUAACACAAAAUGUCUCUCCUGCAUGCAGAAUUAGCGAUAUGCAAAUCUACCCGAAUAUGCAAAUUACCAGUCUUGCUAUUCAGGUAGUGCAUAUUGCUGUUGCUACCAACCAGCUCCAUAGCCAAAUCCACCUAGUUGGUAGCAAUCCUCAGCAGUACAGGAGAGCAGGCAAUACAUCCCAGGGGCCAUAGUCACAUGGCAGGAGGCUGGCAAUCAGUCUUCUCCAGGCACAAGUGGCGAUGUUACUUUCGCCACACCACCUUUAUGUGGACAAUUUUUACAACAGUGUCCACUUGUUUAAAAUUAUUUAUGGUUUGCAGACACUGGCCUGCGGCACUGUGAGAAGAAAUUCCAAGGAUUUCCACAGACCUCUCAUAGAGGCCAAAUUUUAAAAAAAGGGUGAAUGCAAAGCUCUACACAAAGCUGAAGUGCUUGCAAUAAAAAAGGAUGUUCACAUGCUAACCACCGUCCAUGACGAAAGGAUGUCAGACGUCACUGCCCAAAGCAGAGUACAGACCAAACCUGUUUGCAUCAGGGCUUGUAACAGGCACAUGGGGGUGUUGAUUUGGCUGAUCAGCUGAUCAUAUCUUAUAUUAAGAAAGACAAAAGCCUGGUAUAAAAAGGUGGCUAUCUACCUGAUGCAAGUAGUAACACACAAUUCAUUUUUACUCUUUAAAAAAAUGAAUCUAGGAAAAAAACACCUUUCUCCAAUUUCAGCUCAAGCUGAUUUCCACAAUAAUUUAUGGAGAUGGUCAAGUUCCAACAACGGUGCCAGAGGAGUACAGACAUUUUAUUUUUAAGAUACCGCCAACUGCAAAAAAAACAAAUCCCCAAGGUUUGUUAUAAAAAAGGGAACAGGACAGACACCCCUUUUCACUGUCCCGAUUGCCCUACAAAACCUGGACUGUGUAUUGGAACAUGUUUUAAGCUCCACCACAAAGAACAUACAUUUUUAUAAUACUUGGUCCUCAUUUUUUUUAUUUAUUUUUAUUUUUUUUAUUUUGCAAGCGGCAAAUUUCUGUUCGUCAGUAUCCUUCCCCAAAAUCUCCAGUUAGAUUAUUUUUGCAGGAGUUAGUUUAGAGAUUGCUGCUAACGGAAGUUUUAGUCUCAUUUAGUCUGUUUUUAUCAGUUUUAGUCUGUUUUUAAUAAAAAAAUACAAAAUUGUGUGUUAGUAACUCUGUGUUAGUCAGACUCUGACGCCACUGACACUGCGUCCGAUUUUGACCCAGGUCAGUUUUCUGACACAUCUAGUGACAUGUCAUCUGUGUGUGAGCCGGCUGCAAAAAGAAGCCAUGCUUUCUCUGCUACGCCGAAUGUGGAGGAAGAAUGGGAACAUUUAGCUGAGCCCAACAUCCCCCUCUUUUAGUGCCAACAAAGGCAUUAAUGUCAAUGUGGAUGACUUCUACCCUAUGCAAUAUAUGGAGCUAUUUUUAGGGAAUACCAUCUGGGAGGAGAUUGCUCCCCAGACUAAUUUAUAUGCUACCCAAUUUAUUGAUACCAAUCCAGGUAGCUAUGCAGUCAAGGAGGAGCAUGCUUGGCAUCCCACAGAUGUCGCUGAACUUAAAAAAUUCUGGGCUCUUACAAUUCUCAUGGGGAUUAUAAAGAAGCCAUCAAUUCGCUCUUACUGGAGCAACAACCCUAUCUGUUCUAGUCCUGUGUACUCCCAGACCAUAUCUAGAGCAAGAUAUGAAUUGCUGCUGAGAUAUUUACAUUAUAAUGACAAUACCCUCUGUCACCCCAGAGAUCACACCCAAUAUGAUAGGCUUCAUAAAAUACGCUUCAUAAAAUACGCCCAGCACAAAUUUUCUGAAGUUUAUACUCCCCAACAAAAUUCAUCCAUUGAUAAAUCCUUAAUGAAAUAUAAAGGGAGAUUAGGAUUCACACAAUACAUCUCCUCAAAGCGCUCUAGGUAUAGCGUAAAAUUCUACAAACUAUGUGAGAGCAAAAGUGGCUAUACAUUUGCCUUUCAUGUAUGAGGGGAAAGAUGGUCAACUGGACCCUCCUGGCUGUCUCGACUCUCUGGGGACAAGUGAGAAACUUGUUUGGGAACUACUGAUCCCCUUGUUCAAUUAUGUGGACAAUUUCUUAUAGCAGUGUCCGUUUGUUUCAAACUCUUUAUGGUUUGAGAUACUCGCCUGUGGCACUGUGAGAAGAAAUGCCAAGGAUUUCCCCAGAUCUUUUAUAGAGGCCAAAUUACAAAAAAAGGUGAAUGUAAAGCUCUACACAAAGCUAAAGUGCUUGCAAUAAAAUUUAAGGACAGGGAGGAUGUUAAUAUACUAACCACCAUCCAUGACGAAAGCACAGCAGAUGUCACUGUCCGAGGCAGAGUACAGACCAAACCUGUUUGCAUCAGGGCUUAUAACAGGCACAUGGGGGGGAAGGGGGUGUUUAUUUGGCUGAUCAGCUGAUGCAGCCAUAUCUUAUCUUCAGAAAGACAAAAGCCUGGUAUAAAAAGGUGGCUAUCUAUCUGAUGCAAGUAGCAGCCCACAAUUAAUUUUUACUUUAAAAAAAAUGAAUCCUGGAAAAACCACCUUUUUCCAAUUUCAGUUCAAGCUGAUUUCCACAAUCAUUUAUGGAGAUGGUCAAGUUCCAAUAACGGUGCCAGAGGAGUCCAGACAUUUUAUUUUUUAGAUACCGCCAACUGCAAAAAAAUCAAAUCGCCAGAAACGUUGCUGGGUCUGUUAUAAAAAAGGGAAAAGGACAGACACCCCUUUGCACUGUCCUGAUUGCCCUUCAAAACCUGGACUGUGUAUUGGAACAUGUUUAAGCUUUACCACACAGAACAUACCUUUUUGUAAGAAUUUUUAUUUUUGUUUCUUUUGAAAGCGGCAAAUUUAAGUUAGUCAGUUUCGUUCCUCCAAAUCUCCAGAUUCUUUUUGCAGGAGUUAGUUUAGAGAAUGUUGCUAAAGGUGCAUUUGAUACCUGCACAUUUGGUUAAAAAAGUUUUCUGGCAGUAACAUAUAACUGGCCGGCCAAAACCAGAUGACGUGUGCAUAAAAAGCAGAAUUCAAAUAUUACUCAUAUGCACAUUCUCUGAAAUUUGUUUAGCACAAUGGAUGGGUGAAGGAUGUGAAAACACCCCAUAUACAAUACCCUGGAAUGUCUACUUUAUUUAAAUAUAACCUUUAAUGAUGUUAACAUUAACUGGGGGAUGCAAAAAUAUGCCAAAUUGAAGAUAGGCCAACAGACAUGUAUAUGUUUUGAUCGUGGCCUUUUAGCCCCCAAACAACCCAGCGAACCUAUGCAUGGGUGAUAUCACUGGACUCAGGAGAUGUUCCUGAACACAUAAUGGUGGUAGAAUUAGUGCAUAGAAAGUGUUAAAAUACCACCAUUUAAAAUACCCUGGGUUGUCUACUUUUCAAAAAUAUAUGGUUUGAUGGGGGUAAAAUACAUUGGCAUGCCUUACAAAUGUCCCAAAUAGGACAUGUGCGCAGGUUGACUACAUGUCAAAAUUCCAAGUUGGAAAAUGGAUAUGUGCACCUGCCAAAUGUGGCCUUUUAGCCCCCAAACAACCCGACAAGCCUAUGUAUGGGUACUAUCACUGUACUCAGGAGAUGUUGCUGAAUACAUAUUGGGGUGUUGUUUGGCAGUGACACAAACACUAUCUUGUUAUUCAUGCCUAAAGUACAAUGUGUGUGAAAAAAAAACAAAAAAAAAAUUACUACCUAAAAGUUUGACAAAGUCUGGUGGUAGAAUUAUUGCAUGGAAAGUGAUAUAAUACCACCAUUUGAAAUUCCCUAGCGUGUCUACUUUUGAAAAAUAUAUGGUUUGAUGGGAGUAAAAUACAUUGGCCAGCCUUACAAAUGUCCAAAUAGGACAUAAUAUAAUAUAAUAUAUAAUAUAAUUUACAUGCUCCAGUAUUUAAGUCAGAGUAUUACUUUCAUAUCUAUUCAUACUUUAUCAUCUGCCCAUAAUAUUGAUUCUAUAAACAUGUUAGGUUAAAAAAAGGGAUUUUUUUUCUCAUUUACUGACAAUCCAUCUUUAUAUAUUACAAAUUGUAUAAUAAUCUCAAGCUUAUAUUGCUCAAAUAUUGAAAGUAUUGUUUUUGUCUAUCAGGGUGGAAUUUAUUAGCACCCCUGGUUACUGCAUAAUGCAUGCUUAUUUAUGUCGUAUUAUAUUUUUGACGAUAAGAAUCCUUUUAAAGAGGCCAAAAUACCUAAAAAUAAGAGAUGGAUAGAUGAAGAAGAAUAAAACAGGGACUAUGUGAGGUUCCUUCCCUCAUUUUUGUCUUCUAUAUAUACCUUGAUAUCUAUUCUAUAUAUACCUUGAUAUCCAUUGGAUCUGAAUACCAUCCAAGUCUGGAAAUAAUGUCACCAUAAUCCCACUUAGGGUAGGUGGUUACAUUUCCACUACUUUGUAAACUCAACUUUUGUUGUUAAUAGCUUUAUUGGGCUCUUUUCUAAACAUUAACUUAUGUUACAUACAACACAUACUCCAACUGGAAUUAAAUGUUGUAUGCCUUUCUGAGGAAAUUAGCAAAAAUAUAAACACCCUCACAAACAACACCAUUCACUUUAUCACACAACAUAUGUCUGGCCAAUCAGUGCAUUAGAUGAGUGUUGGAGAUAUUCGAUGUAUCAAAGUAGAAAUAUUUCUAGUUACUAAAGAACAGAGAACAUGUAUUUUUUUUUUUACAGGACAAUAUUGAAAAGAUACAUCAUCUGAGCAGACCUGUAUCAAAGGCUACAAACAAGUAUAUUGAAGUCCCAGAUGACAGUGGAGUGCCUCAUAAUUACAGCUGUCAGACUUUCAAUUCCUUCCAAUGUGCGCAGAAUAUUUUACAGCAAGAAAUGGCAAAAGUAAGUCUUCAGAUCCUUUUUGGUCAUUUCUAAAACCCAACCUAUUACCAAAAAAACAAUACAUUGUAAGAUUUAAUUGUGAUCAGCAGGACCUCCACUUUCACUUCAAUUGUCAUGCUUUUGGAAAAUAUCUGCUUUUGCACAGCUGCUUGCACUACAAAUAUUGUAAAGUAAAUUGAUAUAACUGGCAUUUGAUAAACAUGUAAUUCCUGGUGCAAACGAAAUGUUAUUUUGACCUUUGGUUUUGCCACUGGAUAGCAGUUCUUGAAUAUCAGAAUGCUUCAUUACCCCUAUAGACGGGACAUUGAAAGAGUGCCUGUAUACAUUUAAUAGUAAAUGUUAAUGUUGAUAAUAUUUGAAAGCCCUCUUGUGAUAGCAUCUCUCUUAACUAAGCUUUUGACUAAACAUUGCUUCCUCUUAAUUUCCUCAGACAUAAUGGCAUUCUGAAGUCAAAUAUCAGAUAUCCAGAAUCAACAAUAGACAUUGCACUUACUGCCACUUAAACUGUAAAAACUAUAGGUCAUACAAUUCUACAAUAUUUUUCUAUUGACCCAAAACACUUCUCAUUUCUUUUCUUGUGCUCUCUGGAAUGCUUGCUCUGUAUGUAACUAACUCAAAGCCAUCCAUGACCUGUUCGUUUUUUUCACCUCUUAACAAUUGGCGAUACCUAACUAUCUUUUUCUGACACUGCAUCCAUUGCUGCUCUCUAACACGGCGGCCUACUCUCUAGCCAUACCCUUAGGCUAGGUGGGAGACAUAAUGAUGGUGUUGCUCCUUCCCUUCUACACCUUUAACAACUUUUCUUCUCUGCCAUUUUUCCUCUUUUAAAGUUCACUGCAUUUACCUAUUCUCCCCCAUCUCUCAUAGAAUGGCAGUGAUUUAUAUCCAUCCUGGACCAACCUCUGUAAACUUUACCACCUGUCUACCUCACUUACUCUCUUCAAAUGUACCAUUGCUAAUACUUAGGUACUUCAACAUCUCCAUUUAUAACUCAUUUGCCACUUAUUCCUCUUUCAUUCGCAUCCUCGUUCGGUCUCUCUCAAUCCACUCAAUCUUUUCCCAUUUCAAAUCACCACUUCUUGCAUGUUGCUCAGUGUAUUGGCUUAACCGACUUUUCCUCAAUCUAGCCCUCACACCCUUAGAAAUGUGCAUGCUGUAAGAUGCUCUCCAAUUAUCUAAACGGUUUCCUCCCUCACACGUCAACUAUGACUUGACUUGAUCUUGCUACAUCCUACUACAACACACUCUCCUCUGCACAAGAUGCUUUUUGCUGCUCCCUAACUGUGCAAAAUCCCACAACAUCAGAUACAGUAUUCUAAGCAAAAGCCAUACUUGCAAAAUGGUCCUACUCUGCUGAAUGUGUCUUGAAGAAAUCUUGCUCUGAAUCUGAUUUCAUCCUCUAUACAUUUACUGUCCAUUCAAAUAAUUCAGACGUUCACUUACCAAGAAAUUACUUUUCUUCUAUUAUAUCUACUCUUUUCUCCAACCCUAAACAACUUUUCUCUACUUUCAACCACUCCUCUAUGCUCAUGUACCACCCUGCUCAUCUGAUGUUAGUGUGCAAGACCUUACAGAAUGCUUCUUUAGAAAAACAGGAGCGGAGCUAGCAGGCGAGCUGACAAGAUGCAUGGCGCCCAAGCUCUGACAAAAGCUAUUCAAAAUUACCUCACAAGCCGGUCAUUUUGCCUGCACCAAGGUACACGCGGCUGCCAAGAGACCUGGUACACCAUGAGGAAGCACUUGAAGAAAUCCUGAGGGCCGAGCCCGAGACAUCGGCUAAAUGCUGUCCCAAGCCUAUAGGCCCAAGAUGGCGGACGUCUUCCCGGAACUGGGGCUAGACUCGCUCUCUGCCUCAGAGGAUGACUACUUGAGUGAUGUGCCAACUCCAACACCCCAACGGAGAAGCCAAGUCUUGCCUCAUCAGCACACGGAACCCCUGCUGGCUACUAAGGUGGACCUCUUCGGCAUGGUGACCGAAAAGGCCUUUUUCACGACGGAACUAGUAGUGCUGAAGGGAGAACUGGGCACACUGACAGGCCGGAUAAGGGCCACGGAAGAAAAUAUCCAGUACCUGAGGGUCCAACAAGCCACCACAGCUAAGCGGAUGCAAGAGCUCUCAAUCAUGUGAACGCAGCUGAAUGCACGAGUGGGACAAUUAGAAGACCUGGCACGCUAACGAAACCUAAAGGUGAGUGGGAUCCCUGACACUGUGGCUGCAGAAGAGCUGCCGCAAUUAAUUAGGAGAAUGUUCUUCGCUACCCUGCCCUCCAAGCAGGCCGAGGGACUUACUCUGGAUGGCCUAUUCUGCAUACCUGGGCGACCACUAAGACACCGCUAGAGAUGUGUAGCAGUACUUACCUUACCCGGGGGCCGGCCGGGGUCCUCACUUCCCACCGGGCGAAGCUCUCGACUGAAGGCGGGCACGGACCGCUAGAUACGGUCACGUGUCCCGCCUAGCUCUAAGAGCGUGCCGCGCGUCUCGGGCACGCUCUUAAAGGGGCAGUGGGAGCCAAAAGAUGAAAUGUGCUCCCAUUGGCCCCCGUCAUCCCACAUUCCCCAGACACUCAUAUUUUGGGGGCGUGGAUAUGACAGGGGCCAAUCAAAGUCAAGUUCAGGGUAUUUAUACUUACCUCUCCCUUAACUCCCUGCCCUAUAGUGGUUUCUGUUUCAGUUCCCUAUAGCGCUUGUUGUGUUCAGUUUUGAUUUUUGUGCUUAACCUUGGCUUUGUAUCUGACUCCGUUUAUCUCUCUAUUCCUGUUUUGUCUUGUUUGCCGGCUUACUGACUACUGUGUACCAGACCUUGGCUAGUUUUGUUCUCGCAGUCUCUUUGUUCCCUUGACCACGGCUUGUUCUUGACUCUGUCUAUUCUCUGCUAUACGGCGAGUCCUGCCAUUCUAAGGUCCGGUAAGCCGUAUCUGCUCUAUCUGUCGAUUGUUGAACUAAUUCUUGUGUGUAGGGGUAAACUACCGUGACAAGAUGUUAUCAUGUGUUUUGAAUCCUGCUCAGACAAGGAGGGCUUCCUCUGCGCGAUUAGGGGAUGAACCCUUGUACACCUUUGAAGAACACUCACUAAACUUCUAGCAAGACCUGAGUCGUCAGACACUGCAGUGGCAUGCCUUUCUAAAAGAAGUGACAAUGCAGCUGAGAGCAGCCUAAAUCCCAAAUAAAUGGGGAUACUCGAGUGCGCUCACUGCCAAAUAUGACCGCCACUGCCAUUGGCUGACCUCGCCAACAGAAGCAGCUACGCUCCUGCAAUUCCUGGGCAUACACCCGGCUUCUGGCAGUUCGGGACCCACGCAUUAAUGGGAAGUCGCCAACAUCACACCUUUCACCCCAUCGAGAUCCACCGCUUCAGUAUGAAAAGGCGCAGCAGUCCCUCCCGGCAUCAGCUUUGUGCGUGAACAUACCAGACACUGAGAACUUAAUGCUUUGUCUGACACUAUCACUUUGUUUGCAUUUUACUUUUAUUUUUGCUCACUUUGCUAUCUGGUGAUUAUCACACAAGUCUUACUUGCUUUAAAUGUAAAUACUGCGCCCCACUAUUACGUACCCCUCAUGAUACAGAGCACCAAGGAGGCGCCGAUGCCUCAUAGCUACACCACAAUGUGAAUACUACACCCCUUCCUUCUCUCCCCCCAGGUUCUGGGGUUAUGGAACUACCCUACCAUAUAGUCCCCCAUACUUGCCUAAGACCUAACUUGCAUGAACUUACCAUUAGAGCACUGAAACAACCUUUACAGACACACACACUGCAGCUAACCUAUACACCCGCUUCAUCAGUGAACUGGAGUUGCCUCUGGCAUACAUUAUACACCCAUAUAAGCAUUUGUGGCACCGGCAAAGUUUAUACCUUUACAAAAAUGUGCAAAUUCUAAGCUUGCCACACUUAUGUUCUCAUAUGUUUAAUACGACUAAGCCUGUAAAUGCUGUUGUGGCAAAACAGGUACUGCUGUACUUAUCUGCAUAUAUUAAAAAAAAAACACACUUAUAACAUCCAGACACAGGCCAGUGAUGUUCCUCCUUCAUUUCUGAUCACCCCCACCUCAACUCUCUGCAACUUCCCCCAGCACUGAAGAUCAAGUGUGUAAUUUAUAGUCUUCUUCAUUCCUUACUACUUGCCUGCUUUACUCUAUCUCUUCACAUCUAAUACCUUCUGUCUUCCACCCUUACUCCUGCUCUUACACUUAUCCGUUUUUACUGAUGCAUUUCAUUCCUCUUUCAAACAUGAACAGUUCAGUCCCAUACUCAAGAAUCCCUCCAUUGGUAUAAAGUCUCCCUCAAACUACACCCCUUAUAAUUGCUUCCACGAACAUCCAAAAUCCUGGAAAAACUAGUUUACGACUGCUUACCCCACUUCUUGUCCUCCAACUUCCUACUUGGUACCCACCACUCACCUGAAAUUGCCCUCACCAAGAUUCUAACUACCUUCAUUCUGCUAAAAGCACCAGUCACUACUCUAUUCUGUCAGAAAUUAUGAUCGGUGGAAUCCGUAUUUAAUUUUUUGGACAGGCAAAGAUCUGAUUAACACAAAUAAAUAAAUACAAAGAGACAGACAAGCUUAUACACACCUAUUGAGCUUUGUGUUAUCUCUCUCUUUUUACCUCUCUCCAUCUAUCUAUCACAGAUUUCAAAGAAAAGACACUAACCACAGGUAUUUGAGCUUAUUAACUUUAAUUUACACUUAACUUGUUUAGUCUCCUGGAGUAUCCCUUUAAGGACUUAUAUUAGCUCUAAUUAUGGCAACAUUUGAAUUAGAGACUGCCCAUAGUGCAGUUAGGAUAAUCUCUUUAGUACUAUUUUGAUUAAUACUUUAUACACCUGAAUGGUAAGGUAAAUUAGUCUGAUACAGGAUUUGGAUUAACUAACUUUUUAUACUUACCAGUUACCACUUUGUUUGGCCUCCUCUCACUUCCACUUCAUUUGAGGACUUUUGGGCAAUCUGGAAAUAUUUUAAAGGCUCUGUAGCGGUCUCAACUUAUUCUGAAGGUUCCAUUGCAAAAAUUUCAGGUGGACUGAGUGGUGGAUCUUGUUUGGCCUUAUUUGAAAAAAUGUUUUUCCCUUUGUAAUACAUCCCUAUUGAUGACUUUUACGUUAUGUAUUGAUUUCAGUACUGAGAUCUGGUGCACUUUAUUUUUGUUGUGUUCAUCAGACUGCUAAACAAGCAUACAUUACACAGGCAGACGCAAGCACACGAUUUCUCUCAGCAAGCAGAUUUAAAAAAAAACUCAAUUCCUCGUAUGCUUGAGUCGUGAGAAAAUGUUAUACUGUUGCACCCUACACAGAUGAUAAUGAUUUUUUUAACAAAAAAAAAAGUUGAUCCUCAUUUUUCCUGCAACACUUUUGUUUCCAUAUAGGAAACUAAAUUAUCAGAUUAAGAGUUUAUAUUACCUCUACUUAUGGUAAGAUUUGAAUUAGACUGUCCAUACUUCAGUUAAGAUAAUCUCUUUAAUCCACUUUUGAUUCUAAUUUUAUAUACCUGAUACUAAUGUGUAGCAGGCAAAUUAAUGCUUUAUCCACUAGAUCUGAAGAUAAGAUUUGUCACAGCGUGCUAUAGAGAAUCCCUUCUUUUUCUGAGGUUGCAGCCAUUGCUACUUUAUGUCUGGAUGUCCUAAAAGCGUGCCCCUUCUUGAGUUUCAGGAGGAUUGUACAGAUGUAGAUGAAUGUGAGUGUUCACCUUGUGGGAAUAACGCUGUCUGUACUAAUACUUUUGGAACGUACAGUUGCUUGUGUGAAAAAAGGAUACAGAAACGUGCCGCUAAAUCCCAAAACUCUCAAUUUCAUUGACAUAGAUGAAUGUGAGAAUUUGUGUUGUGGGCCACACACUGACUGUACUAAUACUAUUGGGUCGUACAGUUGCUUGUGUCAGAAUGGAUACAGAAACACGCUACUAAAUUCUACAACUUUCAAUUGCACUGAUAUAGAUAAAUGUUCUCUCAAUAAGGCAAACUGUCCAAGUAAUUCUGUGUGCAAGAAUACAAAUGGCAGCUACAACUGUGUCUGCCUUGAUGGAUAUGAAGAUUACAGCAAUUGGGGGAACAUCAUCUGCAUAUAACCUUAUUGUGACUCACAGGAAUUUGGGGCAAAAUAAUAGGAAUGAACAAUGUUCCAUAUUUAAAAGAUUUAAUCAUAUGCGACAGUCUGUCUGCCAGAAAAAGUCAUCAGUGGAGAAUGUCACCAAUGAAAUCACUCAAGUUCUCAAUGAGACCUUGACAAAUGUAAUUGAAUCUUCUAGUCCUGCAGACAUCGCAUCCCUUCUCACUUAAAGUGGAGCAAACCUUUUUAACACUUUUCACUCUGCACCCUGUUACCCAGAGAACUUCUGCUCCUGGACUAGAUGUCGUCAUGAAGAUUUCCAAUGACAGCUGCAGUGAUAUAUCAAAUUUCCUAACUCUGGAAUUGUUAACAAACAGUAUGAAAUUUUAAUGUAAACUUAUUCCUGGACAAAAUGAUGGUGCUUUCUUCAUCUCAUAUACUGAUCUGCAAUCCAGUUUACCAAAUUUCAUACAGAAGGAGAAGGAGUCCUCCAAGCAUCACCUUUCUGGAGACAUCAUUUUGCAGAUGGUAACUGGGGCUGUCACCGUUAAAGACACAGACAAUAUCAACCCUCCAGUGUCAUUCUACCUUCUCUACAUCGAGGAUUUCAAUCCCUCCUACCAAUUGAAGUGCAUAUUUUGGGAUAAAACAGGCUGGCCAAGCAGAGGAUGUGUCACCAACACACCGAAUGCCUCCCACACGCUUUGCAACUGCUCCCACCUCUCCAGUUUUGCUAUUUAGACGUUAUUUCAUAAGGAGGAGAAUAUUCAGAAUAGUCAGAUUCUGACUUGGAUUACUCGUAUUGGUCUUGCUGUGUCCAUUUUCUGCCUGAUUCUCUCUUUCCUCUUGUGUCAUGCUCUGAAAAGCACCCAAUACUCCGUGCUGUUGGCACUGAUUGGAUGCCUCUAUUUGGCGCAGCCGCUCUUUUUGCUGGGAAAUGGACAAACUCGGAAUAGGAUCCUCUGUGCCAUCAGUGCUGGUUGCCUCCAUUUCCUCUUCCUAUGUACCUUAUCCUGGAUGUCUCUGGAGAGCAUUCUCCUCUUCCUGACUGUUUGGAACCUCCAUGCUAGGAAUUACCUGAGUUCCCAAUGCUCUCAUUUCCCAUUGCUUUGUGCUUUUGGGUUUGGUUUUCCUGUUAUCAUUGUCACCAUCACCACAUCCCUUCGGCAAAAGAAAUAUGGAACGUUGAGAAUUUGCUGGAUCAGCUUCAAAAUUAUCUGGAGUUGUAUUGGACCGAUUUCAGUGCACAUUGUGGUAAAUACAGUGUGACAAACUACCCUUCGCCAGUUGGGUAGGGGCCUGAUUGCCAGCCUCCUGCCACAAGAUUACGGGCCCUGCAAAAAGACUUGCUAAAAAGGGAUUUCCAUGGGAAAAUGUGCCUCUUCCUUUUUCCUGUCCUAUUGUUCUCCAGCAGUGCGUUCUCCCAGGGACACUGCCAGACCAGUUGAAACUGGCUGCCUCCUCAAUCUCUCAUCAGCCCAUGGCGAUCCAACUGUAUUCGUGAGAUCUGAGCACUGUUCGGACAUAUGGAGCGCUCAGAUCCAAGCUAUCUGGGGAUAUGUUGGACAUAUGUAUAAACAUUGUAUUAUAAGAGUUAUGUAUUUGUAUGUGGUUUAUGUGACAGUUUUUGACUUAGAGAUAUUUCCUGUACCUGGAGAUAAUUAAGUUACCACAGCCACUUAAGCCAAUUAUCUCCAGGAUAGAGGAGAAGAUAGACCGGCCGCACAACCUAAAUUUGUGGAACUAUUUUGGGCAUGAAAACCAUGCUUGCGGUCGGUCAAAUGUGACUUCCACAAAACUUUUGAACCUCUGCUCUGAUCUGGGUGAUUUUUGGAUAUGUUGAUCACCCAGGGCCACAAAUUAUACAUCAGGGCUAUCCAGGGAUGUAUAAUUUGUGGGGAUAUGUGGUGUUUUAGGGUGUUUUCUGUGUUUUGUGAAAAAUGUGUGUUUUCUGCCUGUGGGUAAUUGCAUUAGUCCAUUGUGUUUGGUAAUUGUAUCACAGGCAGAGGGGAGGGUUUGUGUACAUUAUCUGGGAGUGCCUAACUGAACAAGCAGCCAUUAGGUAGGUCUGAAGAUUCUGCUACUGGGAUCCUCGAAUAACCAACCAGGACACACAGUUCCAAAAGAACAAGUCCAUAUGCACAUUACGUUAAACUUCUUGUGACAUCCUCUAUAUAAUACAAAUAAUCAAAUUAUAUGGGGAACUGUUUUUUUUCGGGCGGGGAUGACGACGUGACGACGCGUGGGACACGUGGGACGUGUAACGUGCCGUGCACGCCGCGGGGUUAAGCUGAGCUGGAGUCCCAUUUGGGGGAGAGGUGAAACCGCCGAACAAAUAAUAGAGACAACACAGGCAUCAGAUGCUAUCCCCCCACAAGUGCGGUAAUCAAAAGCCGCGUUGAAGGGCUUGUUUGACCCGCGGGUCGAAUAUACAGGACUGAGGGACCGAAGGAAAGUCUAUACUUUUUUUUUUUUUUCAUUUACUAUGUUCCCGCCACAGCAAAAAAAGGCGUAGGAAUGGUGUGCGUUUGAAAUCGUAAUGGAACUAUGCCUAAUCUAAAGAAGUUGAUCCUUUAAAAAGCCUGACAAACAAAAAGGCAGAGUGAAAUCUUAUACUGGAGCAGAGGUGAGCACAAUAAGAGUGCAAUGAGGCUUGAGUCAUAUUAAAUUAACAAGAAUUUGUGGGAUAUAAAUAUAGCUGGAAAAAAAAAAAAAAAGGGGAAACUUGAGCAAAUACUAUAUUAUAUAAUGCUGAAACAAUGUGAUUCAUAAAGCACCAUAUGACACAUAAACCACUAUAACGAAGCUAUAUUGUCAAAUAUAUCACUGGUGUAAUUAGGACCGAAGCGAGCUUAAAUAUAAGAAGACGCUUGCUAAGAAGCCUGGUAAAUAAAGUGGCUAAGUGGAAUGCUAUAUUGCAUAUUGAAAUAGAGGAAAGCACUAGAGCUAAAUGUGACUGACAGAUAAAGUGAAAAACUGGACCUUCACAUUUGGAGUGGAGGUGUGUACCAGAUAUAAAAGUGCAAUUAAUCCUGAACCACAUUGAAAUAUUAGGAAUAAUAAGAACUUGUUGGACCACCAUACUACUGAAUCACAGAGAAUCCAAGUGGAUGCCAUAUUGCUGAAUUUUUAUGUACUCAAGUCCUCAAGUAUUAAAGCGCACAUUAUGCUUAAUAAUUAGCUCCAUAAGAUCUAAUACUGAACUGCUGUAGUUAAAGGAAAGUUGGAUAUCCUUUUUAAAUCGUUUACAAAAAAAAAGGGAGGAAAAGAGGAAAAAAAAAGAAGAAGAAAUAAAAGAAAAAAAAAAAAAUAAUGACAACAAGGAAAACAGCGGAUCAGAAACAGGAGUUGAAGUCUCUUUCAAAAAAAGACCGCGAAAAAAGAGAAAAACAGGAAAAGAGACUUUCAAAUUUUUUUAAUGCUGCAGUAGAUAAAAGUACUUUGGAAUCUUCUUCGACUUCCACGCCAAAUAAAAUGCCUUUAAAUAAACACACAGGUGAAUUAAAGGAGAUAGAAGUACAAGAAUCUCCAGAGGAAUUAACGAUCACUCAAGCAUUUCUAAAACAAUGUUUAGAUCAACAAUUGGAACAAAUAAAAUUAGAAAUGCAGGGGAAUUUUGCAAAUUUAAAGCAGGAAAUAAUAAAUAUGGGACAAAAAGUCAAAAUAAAUGAACAGAAAAUAGAAAAUUUGGAAUUUCUCAUACAGAAGCAAAAUGAAUGUAUAGAGAAACAACAAAUGAGGAUUAAUGUACUGGAGGAGAGAACAACUAAUAUAGAGGAUAGAGGAAGAAAAAACAAUUUAAGAAUAAGAAACAUACCAGAAUCUAUUUCACAAGGCAAUUUGGCAGAUUUUCUUGCGGAAUUUUUUGAAGCUCUUAAAAUCAACAUUGAUGAUAAAAGGGACUUUCUUGAAAGAUUUCACCGGUUAAAUAAACCAAGAACACUUCCAGAAGAUCUCCCAAGGGAUAUAAUUAUCGCUUGCCACUCUUACUCUUUUAGAGAAAUUUUUUUAAAAGCAGCAAGACAAAUGAAAAGAGAACAAGGCAAAUUUAAAGAAAUAAAAGUGUUUCCAGAUUUGUCCUUCCAGACAAGGCAAGCGAGAAAACAAUUUACUCCAGCUACUCUGCGUUUGAGGGAAAAAGAUCUAAAAUAUCGGUGGGGAUUCCCAACUAAACUUAUAGUUACUAAAGAGGGGACUACAUAUACAUUUGACUCAUUGAACAAGGUUAUAACUUGGUUGGAAAACUUGGUUUAACUAUGGUAAUGAUUUGAAUAAGUAUGAUUUAGCUCUCUGAUCAAUUAGAUUAAAUUCCUACUAAAUUGCACUGGGAGAGGUUUAAUAGUUUUGUUAAGGGAAUAUGUAUCAUCUCUGUGAUCUAUGAUUUAAUCAUUGAUCAAUAGUAUAUCGGAUGGAGAAAAAAAAAAAAAAAAAGUUCACUAUGAGGGAAAAUAUUUAGAGUAAUAUAAGUUAAAUUGUAAAGUUAAAUAUGCAUGUGAGGUGGAUUAUUUUCACGAUCUAGUACUAAAAAAAAAAAAAAAAUGAGAAAAUAAAAAAAUUUUAUUGUAAUAAUUUGAAUAAGUAUGAUUCAGCUCUCUGACCAUUUAGAUUUAAUCCUAACUAAUUCUGCACUGGGAGAGGUUUAACAGUUGUGUUAAUGGAAUAUGCACCACUUUUGUGAUUUAUGAUCAAAGUAUUGAACAAUAGUACGUUGGAUGGAGAAAGAAAGUUCACUAUGAGGGAAAAUAUUUAGAGUAACACAUGUUAUACUGUAAUAGUUAUAUAUGCAACUUAGAUGGAUUAUUUUUAUGAUGUAGCACAAAAAAAAAAAAGAGGAAAAAAAAAAAAAGAAAAAAAGUAUGGAUAUAAGUUACACUCAUAUAAAUGGAUUAACUAAUGGAGGUAAAAGUACAACUAUAGAGAGUAAACCACUGAAAUAGUAGGUAUGAUCAUUGGAUUUAUUUCAGGACACUUUUAAAUACUUUGAUCUAUGGAAAUUUCAUUAAUAAUAUAGAAAGAUAAAACACAUGUAUGUGGGUAUAAGUUUGUAGUAAUAAAUUCACAAAUAGUUUUUAAGUUAGAAGUUUGGGGAAAGAUGGUAGGAACUCUUAAAUAUUGUGAAGAUGACAGAACUGGAUAGCUUCUUUAGUACAUAUAGACAGAGACUAAAAUGUUGAUGUAGUAAAAGUCCUGUAAUUAAUUGAUGCUUGUUGGGGGGAAGUAAUGGAGUAAGAUGCGGUAUGGUAGAAGGUGAAGAAAAUAGAUUGAAUUAAGGGACGUUCCAAGCUCAGCUUUUAUUUCCUUUUUCCUCAUUUAGGAAAUUUCUAUAUGAGGACUAGAUUCCAAUUAGGGGAUUUUUCCCUUUUGGAUCUAUACCCAGAGGUUAACACCCUGGGUGUGUUGAAUGAAUGCCUCUCGGAUAUGAGAGGAUGGGGUAUGUUUGGUAUGAAAGUGGUAGUUGGAGUGGGGGCUCAUCUUCAGAAUAGAAAGAAGUUUAGGGAAAAGUUCAUCAAGUAUAUGGGUGAUGGCUAUCAGAUUUGGAAGAAACCUAGGAAUAUACUAAAAAAGAGAAAUGGUUAAAUAAUAUCGUUAAAUGCCCAAGGUCUAAAUUCCCCUAGUAAACGAGCAAUUCUGUUUGAUUACAUUAAGAAAGAAAAAGCUCAUAUCAUCUUUCUACAGGAGACACACUGGAAGAGAGAUGAUAAGUUAAGAUUUACUCCACAAAGUUUUUCAACAGUGAUAUCUGCCACAUUAGAGAGUCAGAGAAAAAGAGGAGUAGCCAUUAUGAUAAGUGAUGAUUUGGAUGCUAAAAUCAUAUACCAAGAAUUAGAUGAAGAAGCUAGAUAUAUUAUAGCAAUAAUCAAUAUUCAAUCAGAAAUAUAUACGCUAGUAAAUGUGUAUGCGCCUAAUAACCCUUCAAAUAGAUAUUUCUAUGAUCUUUUUGAUAAAGUAGUGUUGUGGUCGUGACCUAAAUAUGAAUAUUAAUCUCUUAAUACAUAAUAAUUAAGCAAUACGGAACAACAUUAAUAUUUUUAUAAUUCAUGGUAUUAUGGUCGAAUAUGUGGAUAGAAAAUACACAAAACGUUGUAAUAUUAAAUGUAUAUUUAAUAUAACUAUAACAAAUAAACAGAUGCUAGCAGAAUGUCAAUUUACUACAAUUAUGAUACAAUACAAAACUACAACAUAUUACUUACAAAAGGUUGCUAAAUGUUACACAAAAGGCUAAUGUUACAAUGGAUUCAUUUACUUACAAGGCCCCAGCCCUUUGGCUGGGGUUAAGUCAGAACUGGUACUACAUCUUAGGUUCAGUCAGGUACAGACAAAGGGACAGAGUUUUCUCCUCCAUCUGGUUUUUAUUCAGUGUAAGUAGGCUGGCCUGUGAUGUCACUGCCAGAAGCACAUGUCUUCCUACACACUCCCUCUAGUGGUGCCCCCAAAGCAUUACACUAAAUAUGCUUUCUUUAUGAUGUAAAGUCAUUAAUUAGUAAAUACCAUUACAAACCACCCUUUGACUUAUGUCAUAAAACAAGCAUUUAUAAAACCAGUACAUUUUGAAUAUUCCCCAUUUUAACACUACCUGCCCUACAACAAAACCCACCUUUUGAAGAACGAUACCCAUUUACCCAUUAAUUAUUACCCAUUAACAUUUUAUUGCUUAUAAAUGUUCACCAUUGAGCACAUGCAUUACCAGUUGGGAAAUAGGCACAUACCCACCCUUAUAAUAAUGAACAACUCAAACCAUGUUUUAUUAGAUUAACCAUUGAUUUUGUGUUCAUGUGAGGAUGUGUUUUGGAGCUUAAAUAGUAUUAGACACCACAAACUCAUAACACCUAUGAAUCAUGGCACAGACCGAUUUCUGUAGCCUCUGGCUGGUCUGUGUGCCUGGAAUUUUCACAAACAUUAGUCCUGGAAACUGGAUACUCUAUUCUUCGACAGUCUCAUAGAACAUACGCACGGAGACAGGGAUGAAUGAAACAGUUCAUGUGAUCAAGGACUUUUGUGUGUUUGUGGUCACAUUGUUUUGUUUUUUCUUUCUUUAUACAAUUAACCACCUUGACGUAACAGUUUCCUGCUCCUGAUGCAUUUUGUUCCGACUCUCAACACUCUUAGCUGCAAAAUUUUUUCUCCUUACAGCAACAGUUGAGCAUAGUGUCCAGUGCUGCUUCUUCUUCUGCUUCUGCUUAAAAUAUCCUUGCUUGAAAGUUCUUGAAUGAAAACACAGGCAAUGACGAACACAAACAUAAAUAAUAACUGUGCCAAUCAUCACAAGUACCAUUUGAUUGUGGUGUCUUAACCAUAUUUUUUCCUAUGGCGUUUGGAUAAAUACCUACACACCUCUCUUCACAUCCAGCACACUCCUGAUUCACAGAUAAACACAAUAUCACUGCUGUAUCUACCAAUUUAACCCAAACACUCGUUAUUACUGCUGCAUUUACCAAUUUAAUCUAAACACUCGUUAUCAUUGCUGUAUUUAACCAAUUUAAUCUAAACAUUAACCAAAACAAUUACAUUCCUAUUUACCACCCUUCUAUUUAAACAUGUAUAGAUAACCCAAAAUGCCUACUUUCUCUUAUCCCUCUUAUUUUUUUUUGUUUUGUUUUUUGAACUGCAACCACUCAUGCACUUUACACAGACACAAAUCAAGCACCUACUGGACAAUGGGGUUCCCUCGUUAGAGCCCUCCCACCCCAGUUUGGUUUACACAAAAAUACCACCUGAUCCCUAUGGGUCAAUUCCCCCCUUUCCCAGGCAAGCAUACAUACAUACAUACAUACAACAAUAAUAAUACAUAAGGGUUUCAAUUGCAAUACAAUCACUAGAAAUAAGAGAAUAGUAUGCACAAAAUCAUAGCAUAGACAUGUUAAAUAGACAAUAAAAUAAAACAUUCAAUAGCUCAUCAAAGGUCAACAUUUAAACACUGGUCUCCAUCUGAUAUUCUAUCUGUGUUCCAAUGUCCACCCCUGGUUUCUGCUAUAUCUGAAAAAGGUAAGAAAACAGAUCAGGAUUACUUUUCCUUGUCACUUAUAGCGUAUACUGCCAAAUCCUUUACUUAGCAUAUAUACAUAUAUACACAUAUAAAUACAUUCCCUAAACUUUUCAUUUUAUAAACAAUUUGUUCAACAAGGUAACUUUCUUAAUUUUCUACUUGGCUCUUAAAAUAAACAAUCAGCUAAUAGCUGCUUUCUGCAUCUUCUCUGCAAUUCAGGAAACACAUUUCUAGCCAACCUAAACAUGUUUAAUAACUCUCCACCCUUUGGUUAAAUUAUAGAGGAGUGAACCACAACACCUCUUCCGCCUCUGAAAGGAUAUAGGUCAAUAUGUCUCAAAGUUCAACACUUCUGACAGCUAUGAGUGACUCCCUAUUAAUUUCUAGCCUUUCCACGGACAUGCUUGCACCUCGCGGCUAAGGGCCUGCACAACUAACCACCCUGUGAUGGCAGUGGCUUUCCGCAUGGGGGUGACCGCCCCCGCAAAAUUAUAGAGGAGCAAACAUACAGCAGCCUCUUUUCCGGCUCGAUUAAAGGUUCUGGGCCAAUAUGUCUGCAAUUUAACCAGUACACUCACGUAUCACUUAUUGUAUAUUUCCUGGUCUCUCAGGAAUUUCUAUUAAAUAGCGUAUCCCCUUCCCAGGGCAAUAUACAACAAAAACUAGUCACCAAGGGUCUCUAUGGUCAUGAUAGGCCACCCUACCACUAGUGUAAUACGCCCUUUUUUAAAUAUAUUUCCUGGUCUCUCAGAGAUUUUGCCUAUCCCUUUCCCAGAGCAAUAUAUAUAAACAAUUACAAAUAAGUUACAAAACGCUACUUAUAAGUAAUACAGGGUUUCAAAUAAUAAUACAGGAUAGAACUGCACAACAACUAUUGGGUAUGCUCCCCCUUAUCCGGACACGUUUAAAUACCCCCUAGCUCAGGUUCCCCACCCGCUACUGUAACUAAAAUCACAGCCCACGUUAUGGAGGUUCACCCGCUAGGCAGAUACACCCUAAUUCAAAGCAUGGAAAUAUUAAAAUCAGUUAUAGAUGGCUUCUAAAAUAAUAUAAAUCUUAAUCUGAGCCCCUACACUUACUUUGUUAAAAAUGCUAACUUGUUAAAAUAUUCAGACUAAAUAGGACAAAGGAAUUAUUUUACCAUUUUUUCAGUUCAUUUGUUACCAGUUCCUGCAUAUGUCCAGUAAUUCCUUAGUCCUGGAUAAUAAAGCUGAAAAACACUCCACAAAUUGAUUAGCUUAGGCAAUUACAUUUACAAAACAAUGCAGUUUAUUUUUUCUCAUACAGGCAAGACUACCCACCCCCAACAAGGACAAAUUCUCCCCCAGCUGUAGCUGAAAAGCAUGGUCACACAGCUGUUAAAAAGGUGGUCUCUCCUUCAGGAGUCAAAAUCAUAUAUAUUUAUACUAAUAUUCUGUGUAUACGCACACAUAAAUCUAUUAUUCACUGAAUCUGCUUUACUAAACAUAUCUUUUUCUUAACUACUAAUUUAAUACAUUUUGUCCAAAUCUCUUUUCAACUAGACAAAUGCAUGAAUACCAAACAAAUGUAAAUUAGUACACAAACAGGGUCAAAUUUAGCAAUAAAACCUGGUGAACUGGUUUAGUGAAAAGUCUUUUCCUAUGCAAAUGGUAGCAAACAAUGAAACUAGGCCUCAACUCAUUCACACCAUGUGGUCAAUGGUGGAUUAAAAUCCACAUGGUCAGACAAAAAGUAAAAUUGUUUUUUGUUUUAUAUAUAAAAAUGACCAAAGGUUGGUAAAACGUAACAAGCAACACAAUAAUUCAUCACUAUGUUCUACAACAAGAGAUACCUUAAAAAACUAAUAUCUAAUCCCUAUCUGCUAUCUGCAUUCAUUCCAUUAAAACCAAAUCAUCAUUCAUUUAUUCAUUUGUAUACAGACAGACAAUUUACAGUAUGAUUUAAGCAAAAUGCAUAACAUUUAUAUUUUCCCCAAUAUUCAAGCAUAAUCCUGCCGACUACGCCAAAUGUUGUGGUCGUGACCUAAAUAUGAAUAUUAAUCUCUUAAUACAUAAUAAUUAAGCAAUACGGAACAACAUUAAUAUUUUUAUAAUUCAUGGUAUUAUGGUCGAAUAUGUGGAUAGAAAAUACACAAAACGUUGUAAUAUUAAAUGUAUAUUUAAUAUAACUAUAACAAAUAAACAGAUGCUAGCAGAAUGUCAAUUUACUACAAUUAUGAUACAAUACAAAACUACAACAUAUUACUUACAAAAGGUUGCUAAAUGUUACACAAAAGGCUAAUGUUACAAUGGAUUCAUUUACUUACAAGGCCCCAGCCCUUUGGCUGGGGUUAAGUCAGAGCUGGUACUACAUCUUAGGUUCAGUCAGGUACAGGCAAAGGGACAGAGUUUUCUCCUCCAUCUGGUUUUAUUCAGUGUAAGUAGGCUGGCCUGUGAUGUCACUGCCAGAAGCACAUGUCUUCCUACACACUCCCUCUAGUGGUGCCCCCAAAGCAUUACACUAAAUAUGCUUUCUUUAUGAUGUAAAGUCAUUAAUUAGUAAAUACCAUUACAAGUAGAUAAAAUAAAGCAGGGUAAAUUACUCUUGGCAGGUGAUUUCAAUCGGAUACUAGAUGUAAAUAUGGAUAGGAAAACUUUAAACCCUGAAGGAUCAAUUAGUAGUAACUGCACAAGCAGUACAAUUUCAUAGGAUAAUUGAGAAAUAUGGACUUAUGGAUAUAUGGCGAGUGCUUCAUCCACUGGAGAGGGAUUUUACAUGCUUCUCCAGAUCAUAUUUCUCAUAUUCAAGAAUUGACUUAUUUCUGGGUAGUGUUGGAUUCACUAAUAGCACUAAAAAAGUCCUCAUAGAUGAAGUAACUUGGUCCGAUCAUAAUGCCAUAAUCUUGGAGUUGGAUAUAGUGAAUAAUAGGGCAAGAAGAACUAAUUGGAGAUUAAAUGAUAAUAUUCUUUCCAGUAAGGAAAAUAGAGAAUAUAUAGGGGAGAUGACAGAAAGCUUUUUCAGGAAAAUGAGGGGGGUGAAGUGUCACUUCCGAUGGUUUGGAAUGCAUAUAAAUGUGUUAUAAGAGGUUAUUUAAUUAAGCUAGGUACAAUUGAUAAAAAAAAGAAAGGAAGACCCUUAAAGGACUUGUAUGUAGACUAUUAUAACUUAUCGAAUGAAAACAAAAUUUUACCAACUCAGGAGAAAAGCAUAAAAAUGUUAUUAUUGCAAAAUCAAAUAAAUGAAUUAUUAUAUGAGGAGAAAAAGAGAAAUCUCCAAUUCUUAAAGAUUAAUUGGUAUUAUAAGAGUAACAGGGCGGAUAGGCUGCUUACAAACAAAUUGAAAAAUAAAAAACAAAUGAGGAGGAUUCAUAGAGUUGAGGUAGGAAAAGAAACGUUAUUAAGCCCGAAAAAAAUUGGGUUAGCGUUUAAUGAAUAUUAUAGCCGACUAUAUAAUUUAGAAUCAGCUGGACAACAACCCAUAUCUUCGGAAUAUUUCAAAAAUAAAAAAAUGCCAAAAAUUACUAGGGAACAACUUAAUGAGAUAAAUAAACCAAUAACUUCAGAGGAAGUUAUAGCAGCUAUAAAUAAGUUACAUAUAAAUAAAGCUCCUGGCCCAGAUGGUUAUUCAAAUAAAUUUUAUAAGAUAUUUAAAGAUUCCCUGUCGACUCGUCUUGCUAGGAUAUUUAAUACAAUAGUGGAAAAUUGCACGUUCCCUAGGGAGAUGCUUCAAGCGAAUAUUGUCCCUAUCUUGAAGCCGGAUAAAGACUCAGCCAAACUGGUGAAUUAUCGCCCAAUAUCUCUUUUAAAUGGGGAUGUAAAGAUUUAUGACUCAAUUUUUGCAGAUCGAUUAAAAAUAUGUAUUCCGACUUUAAUACAUCAGGAUCAAGCCGGUUUUAUUCAUGGCAGAGCACCAUCAGAUGGAUUAAGAAGAAUAAUGGAUGUACAGGAUGCUGCGAUUAGGAAAAGAGCUCCCCUUCUAACCCUGUCACUGGAUGCUGAGAAAGCGUUCGACAGGGUCAGAUGGGAUUUUUUGGGUAACACUUUAAAAUCAUACGGUAUAGUAGGAACAGUCUAUGAUGCCAUUAUGGCACUAUACACUGUUCCUUCAGCAAGGACUAUAGGCCCUGGGAUAGAGGCAGAUUGGUUCUCUAUUAAGAACGGAACUAGGCAAGGAUGUCCUCUUUCCCCGUUACUUUAUGUUUUAACCAUUGAGCCUCUUGCAGAAGAUAUAAGGCAAAAUGGAAAGAUUGAGGGUUUUUGGUUUAAAAAUUUAGAACAUAAGAUCAAUCUAUAUGCUGAUGACGUUAUGCUCAUGGUGCAGAAUCCUAGAUCAUCAUUGCCGGAAUUGAUAAGAACACUAGAUUAUUACAGUGAAUUUUCAAAUUAUAAAUUAAGUAUUAAUAAAACCACAAUAAUGACAACUAAUUUACCUAGGGAAGAUAAGGAUUUUAUUAAAUUAUCUUAUGAUUUUGUUUGGGUUAAGGAACAUAUCUCAUUUUUUGGUAUAAAAAUAACAAGAGAUAUAAAUAGAGUUAUCGAAGUUAAUUUCCUCCCUCUAUUAAAAAAUACAAACAAAAUAUUAAAAGAAUGGGCUGGCAGGGAGAUUUCUUGGAUAGGUCGUAUAGAUACUAUCCGAUCAUAUAUUUUGCCUAAAUGGAAUUAUCUUUUUAGAAUGAUACCUAUACAAGUUCCUAAUCUCUGGUUAAAAAUGAUACAGUCAGCUUUUUCUAAAUUUAUUUGGAAAGGUAAAAAACCAAGAAUAAGCCUACAGUUAAUAUCUAAGACAAGAAAGGAUGGAGGCUUUGCUGCUCCAAAUAUAAUAGAGUAUCAUAAUGCAUGUAUGCUGGCCCACACUGUUAAUACGUUAAGUAUAGACCAGAGAGAUCAAUCUUGGUAUCAUAUAGAGCAAUCACUAGUAGAGACAAGCAGCCUAUCCUCCCUGUUUUGGACAACAAGGAGGAAUCAAAAUAAAAAUAACUUGGUCCACCCAGAAAACUCGACAAUUCUAGAUAGUAUACUGAGAUUUUGGCAGAAAUUUAAGAAAAAUUAUAAAAUAGAAUAUAGAAUAUUCCCUUUUCUACAACUAGAGGUGAUUAAUCAUAAUAUUGAAGAUAUUAAUAUCAGAGGUUGGAUACAAAAAGGUAUUAAGUAUAUUAAACAAAUUAUAGAUAUAAAGGAUCUUAAGUCAUUUAGCCAUUUACAGGCAGAGUUUGGGAUUGAAAGUAAGGACGUAUUUACAUAUCUAAGAGUUAAGCUUUUCUUGGCGAAAUUCUUGGACAUUCAGUUAAAUAAAAAUAUAAGUAACAUUAAGAAGAUCAUAGAAACAAAUAGAACUAAAGGUCACAUUUCUAGAUGUUAUGAAUUUUUAAAGUCAUCUUAAAAGCUCUCUCCUUGUAAAUUUAAGACUAAAUGGGAAAAAGAUUUACAAAUAGCAAUCUCCGAGCAAGACAUGACAAACGCGAUAGAGAUAGUUAAUAAAUCGGUACAUUGCUUGAAUAUAGUAGAGAAUUUUUAUAAGCUCCUGAACAGAUGGUAUAUGGUUCCAGAAAAACUGGCUAAAAUAUAUGUAGAUCAGAGCCCCUUUUGCUGGCGCUGUGAAGCUGCGAUAGGAGAUUAUCUCCAUAUUUGGUGGCAUUGUAAAGUUUUAACUAAAAUAUGGAAGGUGGUAUAUAAGCAGAUUUAUAAUUCAUGUCAGUUAUAUAUACCUUUCACACCACAAAGUUUUUUGUUACAUCUGGGAUGGCCUUCUAUGCCCUUUGAGAAACGCAUGUUGAUAAUACAUAUUUUAAUGGCAGUAAAGUUAGCUGUGGCUAGAAAUUGGAAAAGUAAAAAAGAAAUACACUGGAGGGAAAUUAAAACACAGGUCAUCUACCAAUGUAAGAUGGAAAAGGGAAUAAUUCUAGGUAAUUCUGUAGGUCUGAAGAAAUAUAAUAAAUGGGAAACAAUAGUUGAUAAUUUCAUUAUCAAUUAAAAGAACUUAUAAUCAUAAGAAUAUGAGCCUCCUUAAAUGAGAGAUUGAAUCCCGAGGAACUUAAGUAACAAUGCACAAUCUGCAAGAUGAGUAAAUUGAAUAGUAUAAGUCUGGUUCCUCGGGAGAGUAUGCAUGAGUGAAUGGAAUGUUUUAGGUCUUUUAAUAUAUUUUUUUUCUUGCAAUCCAAGUGAACUAUAGACAUGGGAACUAAAUUUGUUCAACAAUUGAAAUGCUGUUUUUAUAUGGAAAUAUAUUAGAAAUCUAAAUGUUGUAAUAGAUAAAAUGAUUGCAAUAUGUAAACUUUGAAAAUUUUGAAAAAAUAAAAAUAUAUGAAAAAAAAAAUUAUAUGGGGAACUCAUAACAACACAGAGUAUUUAUAAAUGGGUUUGCAAGACAACAACUAACAAGAAAUAUCUCUCCUACUUGCAGAAUCCCUAAUAUGCAAAUCUACCUAAAUAUAUGCAGCAUACCGAGUCUUGCUAUUCAGGUAGUGCAAGUAGCACAGGAGAGCACACAAAACAUUUAACAAUAAACAGCGCAUUAUACACAACCUGCACCUAUAAAGGGCACAUGGGGACAAAGACAUCAGAACAGUCCAGGGACCGACAUAAAGUGUCUGUCCUAAGCUCCUUGUGAUUUUGACUACUGUCAGAACUGUAAAAUAGAAUUUCCAUACAAAAAAAAACCUGUUCUCUUGAGUACUGAAAUCUUGCUCCAACAAGGUUCUAUAAAGUGUACAGGUUUUAUAAACCGUUUUUAGCACUCCUGUAAUAACGUGUUUUCACUUGCCUGGCAGUGCAAAAUCUAAAACUUUUGGGUUCCCUAAUUAACUCAAAUUCUCAAAUUUGAAUCCCCAGAAAAGCAUAUAUAAAGACAGCACACACUGGAUAUAAAUAUAAUUUACGGUAUGCCUCCCACGAAGAAAUGGAUUAAAAUCUCAUUGGACUUUGCGAAGGUUGCCAGAUUGCCCCCUUUUUUCUUGUUAGAAAGACAAUAAAAAGGGCUUAUAACCAGCAAUGUACCACCUGUCUGCUACAUCUCCAGGCUUGCAGUCCCAGAAUCCAUUUAGUAGUCAAUGGCAGAGAGGCUGCCAGCCUGCUUGAUCAAAGACACUUUAAUCACUGCUUCCAGGAUACCCAUGUCCAUUUCUAAUGCAUGGGCCCUAAUCAAUCGCCUUAAGGGUAUUCUGGCUACUAAACUCCAUGGUAGAAGACUGGAUUGGGAGCACUCUGGAGUUUGUGACGAGAUGGACUAUUCAAAGACUUAAACAGAAGAAGUAUUUUACAUGUUCACUGUGUACACAUUGUGCAGUUUAACCCCUUAAGGACCAAACUUCUGGUUAAAAGGGAAUCAUGACAUGACACACAUGUCAUGUGUCCUUAAGGGGUUAAUGCAAUACUUUAAUUCUAAGUUAAUAAAGUUUAUAUGAAUUCUCUAAUUUAAAAAAAGAAAAAAAAAGGAGUCUAUUAUUUUAACAGGGCACCAGUUGUUAUCUGUAAGGAAAAGAGGGAUUGUGGAAGGAUUGUUAGUCUGGUUAGUUUUUUUAAAGUUUUUAAUGAGAGAAUGUAGUAGUCAUUGUCGGAUAUUUUCAGACUUGCAUUGAUUUCGGAUUGAUGUACUACGGUGAACUCUCCAGAUCUAAAGAAGCCAUAUAAAGCGAUGAAACUUGCAACCUUUAUGACUGAAUUAGUCUGAGUAUCGAAGGGGAUAUUGGAUAGGUUCCUGAAUAUAGGACUGUCUAUAGGUAGUGUAGUGGUUGAAGGAGGGCAAAUUGUUUUAUUAAAACCUUUGAGGAUAAUUUUGAUGGGGUAUGAGGGUGAUUGGGAAAAGUGGUGAGUACAUGAUUUUGUAUGCCUGUAAGAUAUAAUUUAAUGUUGCUGUGUGCUAAUUUAAGAUGUAGGUGACAGAGGCAAUAUCCACCAUUGUCUCGAUGGAAUCAUUUUCCUGUAUGUGGAAUUCUGACACGAAUAUGUGAAAUAUGGUUAAUGCCAUUUCGUAAGUGGUCUUGGUGUUUGCUGAAAGAGCAUUGCAUGAUAGUAAUGGGGUAUGACUUAUCAAUUCUGUUAGUCCAUGAUUAGCUCUUGGAAUGCCGAUAUUCUGGAUGGUUGGUUGUUUGCGGAGGAAUGUAACCUGAAAAACUCCUGGAAAUUAGAUCAGGAUAAAGCAUCAGCUGUGGUAUUAUUUACUCCUUCAAUGUGUUCAUAAACUUAGUAAAAUUGUAAUUUGGCGGCAAGCCAGGUCAAUUUUCGGACAAGCCUCAUGAUGGUCAAAGAGGAGGAGUGCCCUUUAAUUAUUUGUAAACACGUAACUGCCUUGCCAGACUGGAGAUGACACAAUAGGAUAGAUUUUGAAUAAGGCCGAGGUUUCUCUAAAACUGUGUCUUUUAACCAAACGUCCCUAAACCACUGGUUAUCAAAAGUUGCAGCGAACCCGGUGUGGGCUGCUGUAUCAGUCCAAAUUACAAGGGAUUAGUCAGAUAGUGGGGCAAUGAAGAGAGAGACACCAUUCCAUUCUAAAAGAAAAUUCUUGCACAUGAGCAAAGCCUUAGCUGAUGGGUGGGGCACUAUAGUGCCGUUGUCGGGCACGCCAGGUAAAGGGCAGAGUAACCUAGAGAUGGAAGUUCUACCUUGUGAAACGAUCCUCAUGGUGAAAUUGAGGGUUCCAAUAAAGACUGGUGUGUGAGAGCGUGCUUAAACCAACAAAAAUUUCUCCAAGUAAUGCAUUACUGUUGGACACUUGACAACAUUCAGAAGCACCCAGCAGAGAGUUUCUGCAAAUAUGUCUAAAGUUUUGGGCUGCUCCUGGAACCGAACGUUAGCCGGGUGGCAAAGUGAUAUUUGUCCCUCCAUUUGGUGGCAUAGUGACGGAUGGAUUGGUAGAAGUUUGAAUGUGUUGGUGAUAUCGGUUUUACUUAGCCAGGUUCUACUGCCUGCGUGUAGGAUGGCAUGGAUGGCAUUAUCUACUGUGGCAUAGUGGAGAGAGAACUAUUUGGCAGGUAUUAGGAAAUUGAUGCUGGGUGUGAGAGGAAUGAGGAGUGGAAAGGUCUAUAAUCAAUCUUUUUUUAUUGAAGAUUUAUUGGUAACCACUCUAACAGGUUUUUGACGCCAUGUGUAAAACGGGGAAUGUGUGAACGGUCUUAUCAUAAAACCCACCUGAGUUUCUUUAAGUAACUAUUUGUCAACAGAGUGCCUGAGGGGAGUGCGAGCAAACCUGUGUGGAAACCAUUAGAAAACUCUGAUACCAAAAAUUCCACCAGGUGAGGACAGGGGUGCAUGCGUAGGUGGUAAGCCAGUGACUGUUAGUCAUUUCUUUGGGAAAAGCUUGGAUUGGGCACAUGGAUUUUGUGGGUGCUCUAAAGCAUAUUGAGCAUUUAUGCAACAGCAUGCAUGCGCUGUAAUUGCAUGUGCCGGCAUUAAAAUUGUUGCACAUUUGUGUCUUGCCAAGGAAAACUAUAGGCCUGCCAAGCUUAUCCCUUUGUCCUUUCUCUUAACUAAUGGUUGGGUUAGCGAUUGGGUGGGAUGUGUAGGGGUCUGCUUCACAGAGGCACAAGCUAAUGGAGUGUGAGGUGGAGUAACAUACUGCUCAGGAUGGGGGCUUCUGGACGGUCAAAUUUUGGCAGAAUUGUUCUGUGUCCAGUUGACCCUGUAAAUACUGAAGGCAAGGACAAAUUUAGGGAUAGAAUUUUUUUUUUAAUUGUGGGUCUCUAGUUUUGAGAACCACUGAAAUAUGUCCAUAAUUUAACGCUCUUUUUUGAAGAUGUCCUGCGAAGAGAUAAGGGGUGAUACCAGGUUGACGUCUUUGCCAUCAAGAAUGUCUUAAUUAAUGGAAGCGGGAAAAAUUAUAGUACUACCAUGUGUAUUUGGGUGUGCUUGUACUAUAACUGAUGUGCCAGGUGAGUUGCCUGAAGUAGAGGGGGCUGUUUCUAGAUUUGACAGUCUCUUGUUUAAAGCCUGAAGGGUUGACAAGAUAGAAGACAAAGUGUCUUGCAUUUCCCCUGGAGUGCCAGUGUGGGGCCCCUGUGAACUUGUACUGGGCCUGAGAUCACUAGAUUGAGCACUUAGCAAUUUGUAGAGUUCUGCCUUCCUAGCCGUAGCAGGGAAAGGUAUGACAUAGCUCUGCCGCUAAUUUUGGUAUAGUCCAUGAUCUCAGGGACCCGGAGGUAGCAGGAACAAGGGAUUAUGAAGGGUACCCUGGUCUGAAGGGGUUGCUGGGCCUGGUAGGCGUAUUUUGGAGAGACAUGUUGUCUCCUGAAAUUGAUUCUUGUGACAUCCUGUAAAGAAAAUAUUAAUGAGUAUACUUCUAAAUGCUGGCAAUAACCUUCCUGUAGAACUGGCUUGCUAACUAGUGCCGUUAACUAAUACGUGACCGGUGAGGCCCUGCUAGUUGCCAAGUAGCCAUAAGAUGAUCUAUCUAUUAUUUGGGUUGUGGGGACUUGUGGCCAUGAAACGUUGUGGCAGGGUGUUGGCCUCUCGUGACAAUAAGAGAGCAAAAUACGUGUGGUCGUGACUUGCGAGGCCCUGACUUUUAUCCCUGUAGAAGGGUGUGCAAUGCAGCUCACUAUGAGUUGCACCGUUGGGCUAAACCUCUGUGGUGAGGUCGUGGUUUGGCCUUGCAGGACCAUGAACUAAUUUACACUAGGCCCAGCACCUAACCUAAAAGCCAAUUCUCUUUCCCUAGUCGGGGCUUGUCUCUUCCUCAAUUGAUCGUAAGCGUACAGGUAUGUACCUAAGAGAAGUGAACAUUGGAAGGAAAGCUAAGCAAUAUACCUAAGAAGGAGAAAACCAACAAUUAGAUUAAGACUUGUUUUAGUUUUUUAAAUAAAAAGGGAGGGGGGAAUAAUUAGUGCUUAAAAGAAUUCAACUAGAGCAUUCCCUUAAUUGAUAAGAAGAGACCGUGGUUUAAUACAGGACUGAGUCUGAGUGUAUCCUACAAGUAAAUUUGAUACUGUGGGUAUUUAGAGUGAUGUUAACUAAAAGGAGGGGGGGAGAUAACAAGGGGGAGUAAAAUUAUCUGUACCUGUGGGCGAGGAGUUUGGCUUCUGAAUCCUAUUAUGCCUAUUGGUGAAUACUUCUAGGUGGAGAAGACAGAAAGUGCAAUAGAAAGUCAACACUCUGCUAACUGUCUUAACAUCGUAUAGAAGAAACUGUGUUAUUGUCUGUAAAUGGGUAACGUAUAACGUGUGCGUAUUGAGGACCUUUUAUGGGUUGAAAAUUACGACAAGCUCCUGUUGAUAUAGGUUAUGAUUGAAAAAAAAAAAGGAUUAGUGAGGCCUUGUGAAAUUGAGGUUAACAUAAUAGGUGUAAAGUUAAAUACCUGGGACAGAAGUAUUCGCAGCAACUAUAUCAACAACACUUUGUUUCUGGUUCGAUUUGUUGUACCUAGAACCGUGACAAAGUAGGAGAACAAAGUAAAACAUGUACUUAACUGUGAUUGAGAAGGUUAAAAUGCUAAUAGAAAAAAGAGGAGUGAUUGUAGGAACUAGGAAAUUCUAUUAUAUUUAGUAGCUAUAUUAAAGUGUGAAGUUGCUUACAACUUAGGUAUUACUGCAACUAUUAAAUGAAAGAAUAAGGUAGGAGUGUGAACAUCUAGAACAGGGAUAGGCAACUUUCGGUACUCGAGAUGUUGUGGACUACAUCCCCCAUAAUGCUCUUACAUCCAUAAUGCUGGCAAAGCAUCAUAGGAGGUGUAGUCCAAAACAUCUGGUGUGCCAAAGGUUGCCUAUGCCUGAUCUAGAAUGUACAGUUGGUAAUCUAAUACCAACCAAGGUUAAUGUAGCCCUAGAACCGAAAUAUUGAGCCUGUGCAUGAUGAACAUGCAAACCUAAGAAGACUGAAUUAAAAUCCACUAAUAAAUGGACAGAUUUAACGAACAGUAACUGUGCUUGUAAUGAGUAAAGAGUGUACGAAUGCAUCCAAAAGUGUGAGAAAUUUUCGAACAGAUAAACCCACAAAAUACUACAGAAUGACAUGAUUAGACGUACAAAUGAAACAAGUAAUAAUAUUUAAACGGAUUCAAGCAAAGGAUAUGAUUAAAUGUACAAAUGUAACAAGUAAUGAUAUUUAAACUAAAUCAACUGAAUGACAUGUUUAAACGUAUGAAUGUAACAAAGUGAACUUAAGAGAAUGGAGCCAAUCCCUGCAUUUUAGGCCCGAAUGUGGGAAAAUUGAACAGUUAUUCACGACGUGCACAUAUGUAUGUGUGCCGGGUCUCGUGACCGGAAGACUGCAAGUUUCUGAAGUAGAGACGGAGGCCAGGAACAAUGAAGGCUGCCAGACUGAUGUUCACAUGAAAUUGGCAUGAAGGACCAGAGUGGAAGUGCUGGUUGCUAUGGUAACCAGAUCAAAUAGCGGAAUCGGCGUAGGAGACUUGCAUUUAUAUAGGGAAAACAACUCCCACAAAUUCAGACCUAUGGCCUUCUACAUGUGUAUACACAACACACACACUACAUGGCACAAUGACUUAUGGGGCUGGCAUACAUUUUGUUCCAGGACUGCUUUGUAUCUCCAGUCCAGCCGGACAUUGAUGUCAUUCCUGCGGACACCCAUGUACGUGACUAUAAGGCCCUGGUGUCUUUUGCACAAGGUUGGACCAGUUUAGGCCUAGUAUCAUCAGUGGAGUUCUUUGCACUAGCCUGUACUUUUUCCUUUUGUGAACGCAGUGUCUUUCCUCGCUGCUUAUUCAAUUAGAAGCGAUACAGUCCUGGCAACUGUUACUCAAGGCGUAAGAGUUUAGGCCUUGUAUCGCCUGCGCAAAGUUACACUAGUUCACCUGGCAAACUUCUACCCUGAGCACUAGGACUCUGGUACUUGAGUCGCUAAUCCCUGGCAAAGCACAAUACACUGCAGAGUUUCUCUGGGUAUUACAGGAUAUUCUAUCUAACUAAAAACGUCUAGCGUUUUGUCUUUGGAGCGAUCACCAUACAGUGGACCUUACAUAGUUAAAAACAAUAUUCUUCAUGAUGUAAAAGCGAACUCCAACUAACUGGGACUUUUUUUUUAUGAGCACUCACCUUUUCUACAUUUACAGGCAUGACACACGUGUUUGCAUAAUAUAGGGAGGAGUAUGCAGGUACAGUAAAUGCAGUGUGGGAAUGUAGGAUGGGAAAGAGACUAAUACAAACUCGAAUACAUUAACCUCUGCCCCCUUUGGGAUGAUGUAGCUAGACCUCCAAAUACCUCUAGCUGGUUCCCUUUCUUUUCUUGCAACACAAUGGGUCUGUUGACCAUUUUAAUAUAAGCAAACAAUAAACAGGAUGUGAUGCUGUUAACUCAGUCCCACCUCCAUCUAUGCUUACUAAACCUCUUACAUCUUACAAUAGCUUGCUAGGUAAAUUUCCUAAUCCCAUCAGAAAGCCUGGCAUCUAGCUGAGGCCAUCUGAGACAAAAAGUAACUGAACACAUUACCCAUACACACACUAGCAUAGCUGUUACAUAUCCCUCUUGUACGCCUACAUGUUACAAUAAGGUAGAACUUUCAUAGUGCUUUGACAUUACACACAACAACACUAUACAAGGUCUCCAGCCUCCCCCAAGUCCAAUUUCCUGCAGGGGUAGCAUCUCCUUGCCUUUCAUGCAUGCAAGUGCCACUCUUCUCCCAAGCACUCAACAUGUGCUGGGAGUCCCGCAACAGGACAUCAGGCAUAAAACAUGAACCAGGAUAAUGUGGCUUGUACCCGACCCUCCAGAAUAAGGUAUCCUGUAACCCCUAGGGUCAAGGUCCUUAGCCCCAAAGCACAUAGUCACAGUUCUUGCAUGUGAUGGUGGCACGCCCAGGGACGUAUUAGCCGCGAGGCAAACAAGGCAUUUGCCUUGGGCGGCAUUUUUCAGGGGGCGGCAAAAAACGCCGCCCCCCAAAUGCCCAGGGCAAAUGCCCAGUUAGCCUUGCUGCUAACUGACAUCCCUAGCGGGCGGGCGGCGCUCGCCGGCGGGCGGCUGGCGAGGGAGCACUUCUUCUGAGCACAAAACCAGGAUACACCACUGGGCACGCCUCCUCCAGCAUCCUCCAUUCAUUGCUCUAUAGGGUUAAACAAGUUGGCACCAGGCACAAGCGCAGUGCGAUAAACAGUGCCAUAUACCAUAACUCGUGCACCAUUGAGCGAUCUAAGUGGUAGGAAAUGGCGCCUUUUUGAUGGUUGCGUGCAUUGCAUUUCUAUCGAUAGUAGCAAAAUUGUGUAGUGAGUUUUCACUGUUUCUGUAAAGGGAUAAUAAGUAUAAUUAACUUGUACUGUAAUUAAAGUCCCUAACAACUGAUAUUCACGUUAUAUCAUUCAUGUGCAUUAUAGGAGCCCAAGCAGAGAUUUACAUACUCAAACGAGUAUCAUUCAGCUACUGUGAGCCCUUUAGAUCUUGAUAAAGAAAGGAAGGAGAUUGCAACCGUAUCAAAAAGCAAAUGGAAGACAUGCACGGGUUUUAUAUAUCCUGGAUUCAAAAGCAGCAUCACAAGUAAUGCACAUCCCAAACAUCCUGAUGAUGCUCGUAUCGCUGAUGUCGCUAAGGUAUGUUAUUUUUAAGUGGUUUGCAUUAUACCUCAGUUCCAAAGGUAUGGGUACCUCCAGAGCUCUCAUUGGGUGAAAUAGUGUUAAAAGCUUCAACCUGAUUUCCAGGUCAUGAGCAGCCUAAUCCAGUCAAUAUUGUAAAAUUACCUAUCUAUCUAUCCACUCCAUCUCAUCUGUACUGUUUUAUUCCAUCUUAUUAGAUUCAUUCAUCUCACAGCUCCAUGUAUUCCAGUCAUGUUAAAUUUUGACUGCAUGGAUGAAAAAAAAAAAAAGUGACGUAACAAAGUUGUAAAAGGAGGCCAAAUGAUUUUCUAAGUGACUUUUUUGUUCUUGUUGUUUGAAGGCUUGGAAAGAGAAUAUUCUGCAUGCAAACAUAUUAAAACCUACUCUUACCCGGGAUCGAUGGAGUUGGGAACAGAGGCGAAGUGACUUUGACCUUUACCUAAAAUACUAUGAUCGUUUUCCGCUGUUUGUACCAGGAGCUGUUCAUCUGGCAGGUAAACUAUUGAAGCAUCAUACAGGCUAAUUGGGGUUUAUAAUUUCAAUUUCUAUGCCACUGACCAGGCCUUAGGAUUGAGAGUACAUGUUACACUCACCAGGGGUGAAUUUGUCCUAGCCAGGUCUACAUUUUCACUCGUUAAUAACUAGUGGAGAGUGGACAUUUUGAGCCCUGGUUUAACAAUAGCUUAUUGCUACCUGGAUUGGCCAGGUAAAAUACCAUUAAAUCUAGUCACAUCAUUGCAGUAUGUAAGUAAAAUUAUCUAAUUUCAUGCAUCAUAGAAUGCUCCAGAUAAAAUUUCAAGACACUAAACAGUUUACACUGUCAUUGUAUAAUAAUGGUGCAUUAUCUCCUUAAAGGGAAAGUCUGGGCUAUGCAAUGCAAAUGCUUUAAUGCACUAAUGCUGUUUAUUGGCACUUGAUGCAUUAUAUUUAUCUUAAGGCAAUUAAAAUAAAAGCUAUACAUAUUUUGUUUUUCCUGAGUUCCUAAAAUCCUUUCUCUUAAGUUCUGCAUUCAGAAUGAUCUCUCGAAACAGAAUGUCUCUUCUUUCUUAAAGGACCACUCUAGGCACCAAGACCGCUUAAUGAAGUGGUCUGGGUGCCUGGUCCAGCUAGGGUUAACCCAUUUUUUUAUAAACAUAGCAGUUAAGCAUUCCCUCUAGCGGCUGUCUCACUGACAGCCACUAGAGGCGCUUGCGUGCUUCUCACUGUGAUUUUCACAGUGAGAGCACGCCAGCGUCCAUAGGAAAGCAUUGAUAAUGCUUUCCUAUGUGACCGGCUGAAUGCGCGCGCAGCUCUUGCUGCGCGUGCGCAUUCAGCCGACGGGGAGGAGAGAAGGAGGAUCGGAGGAGGAGAGCUCCCCGCCCAGCACUGGAGAAAGGUAAGUUUUUACCCCUUUCCCCCUUCCAGAGCCGGGCGGGAGGGGGACCCUGAGGGUGGAGGCACCCUCAGGGCACUAUAGUGCCAGGAAAACGAGUAUGUUUUCCUGGCACUAUAGUGGUCCUUUAAUUUAGAAUUAUAAGCAAUUAUUUGAAUAGAUAUCAUAGCUUUUAUAAACAUCCUUGAUUGAACCCUUCCAGUUGUCAGACAGCUGAGAGGGUGCUUUUACACGCUUUAAACACUCUCUAAAAGCAGAUGUGAGACUUCUCAUAGAGAAGCAUUGGAAGCAGAUCUAAAAAAUGAGUGUAUAAAAUGUACACUGCACAUCUGUUCUGGGCUCUACCUGAUCAUAUAAUGUGUGAUCAGGCAUUGAGAUCACAAAGAAACAUAUCUUACUGCAGAAAAAACAUACGUCUGGGCACACCCAAUGGUUUCUUAACCCCUUAAGGACCAAACUUCUGGAAUAAAAGGGAAUCAUGACAUGUCACACAUGUCAUGUGUCCUUAAGGGGUUAAUAACAGGCAGUAGUUUUGGGGGAAAUCAGAGGAAAAGACAACCUUUUGGCACCAUCCUGUGCCUUUAUUGCUUAGGGCUCCCACCCCCCACUCGUGGGUGGAGGCCGGGAAGGAGUCAGUAGGCCCCACCACCUGGUCAUUUAGGGCCCCCACUUGCCACUAGAGUCCCUUGUUUAGUUUAACCCCUUAAGGACUGAGCAAAAUGUACACGUUGUGAUCAAAACAAAGCGUAAACAAAAACUUUAAUUUGCACUAUAUGUAUGUUCAGGAGUAAUUCACCUCUUUCAUAUUAUGUGCACCCACACUUAUUAUAUAUAAUUUUAUUCAGGGGAAACAGGACUUUCAUUUAACAUCAAUUAUUUAGGUAUGAAACAUAAUUUAAUUUGUUUGUGUGUGAAAAAUGCAAAAAAAUAAUUUGAAAGGCAUUUUGGCCAGUGUUUGUGACUAAGUGGCUACUAAAAAAGACUGGACAUACCCCAUUUGCAAUACCUUGGGUUGUCUACUUUUGCAAGUGGUAUGCCAUCAUAGGGGUAAUUUUCAUUCCUGGGCUACCAUAUGGUCUCAAAGGCAACAUAACCAAUUUCAAUGUGAAAAAACUGAAACACAAGCCUUAUAUUUGACUCUGUAACUUUUGAAAACACCAUAAAACCUGUACAUGAGAGGUACUGUUAUACUCGGGAGACUUCGCUGAACACAAAUAUUAGUGUUUCAAAACAGUAAAACAUAUCACAACAAUUAUAUUGUCCAUGUAAGUGCCAUUUGUGUGUGAAAAAUGCAAAAGAAUUUCACUUUCACUGAUGAUAUCAUUGUAAUACAUUUUACUGUUUUGAAACACAAAUAUUUGUGUUUAGCGAAAUCUUCCGAGUAAAACAGUACCCCCCCAUGUACAGGUUUUAUGGUGUCUUAGAAAGUUACAGGGUUAAAUAUGGUGCUAGCAAAUUAAAUUCCCUGGACUUUCGCCCUGGGUUGUCAGGCAGGUUCCGCAAAUUGUAAUUAAUAAAAUGACCUAAUUAUGUAAAAUUAUUACAUAAAUAUAUACGUACAAUUAUUUUAUUAAUAUAUAUACACAUGUGUGUGUGUGUAUAUAUAUAUGUGUGUAUAUGUGUGUGUAUAUAUGUAUAUUUUUUAUUAUUUUUAUUUAUAUAUAGGUAUAUAUAUAGUGAUAUGUAUAUACUUAUGUUUAUAUAUUAUUUCUUUCUACAUGUAUUUUGAUAUCAAUAUAUAUAUAUUAAUUUUAAAAUACAGUUAGAACGAAAUUACACAUAUAUAUAUUUUAUUUAUUUUUUAUUUUUUUAUUUUUUUUACGUAUUUACAUAUGUAUUUAUAAUUCUAUAUAAAUAUAUAUAAUGAUAAAAAUAGAACAAAAAAGCGCAAUAUAAAAUUAAUUAGUCUGUAUGAUACCAAAUAUUAAAAAGUCCAAAGAUAAAAAUUUGUAGCUGCCAGACAUAAAAGGUUAUUCCGCAAACCUAUGUGAUAGAAUGUCCAAAAGUAGAUAAGUGUCAGCGCUGUGCAAUAGCCCCAAAUAAGUGUUUGUGGGGAAGCUGGGUAUUGAGAUAAAUGUGUAUGAUUUCCACCUCCACAGCGGUGGUUUAGAAAGUUAAAAUUAUUCUGUGUAAACUUUGUAUCCAACAGCAGUGAUCACAGUAACAUAUCUUCACAAAUACAAACCAAGCAAAGAAAGUGCAACACAGUUUAUUAAUAUCAUGUAAAAAUGAAACUCCAAAUCCUUUAAAAAACUCAUACACAGUAAAAAAGAUGGUGUUUAAUCCUACUUUUCAUCAAGGAAUCCAAACAGUGUCCAGAAUAUGUAACAGAUAAGCAGUGUGCUGAAAGUAUUUCCAUUGGUGCAGCAGGAAUUCAGAAAACGUCCAUGGAUCUAGCCGAAAUGCUGCAAGUUCAAAUGGAGGGAUGACAAAGCACUUAAUGCCAAAAGAGUCUGCCUGGAAAGAUAAGAUGAAAGGCUUCUAGCUCAUCCACACGUUCCGCCCGUACUCAGGUGGAAAUCAUACACAUUUAUCUCAAUAUCCAGCUUCCCCACAAACACUUGUUUGGGGCUAUUGCACAGCGCUGACAUUUAUCUACUUUUGGACAUAUAUAUAAUGAUAAUUAUUUAAUCAAUAUCAUGCUACAUGUACUUUGAUAUUAAUAUAUAUAUAUAUAUAUAUAUAUAUAUAUUAAUAUUAAAAUACACUUAGACAGUGUAUUUGUAUGUAUGUGUGUAUAUAUAUAUAUAUAUAUAUAUAUAUAUAUAUGAUCUAAGUAUAUAUAAUUUGAUUUUACACUGAAGCCGAUGUUCAGGAUCCGUCAGUGUGUGGUGGCUCUUGAUGCCUCAGUCCACUCCUUGUGAAAGUCCCCAACACAUUUUCCUGACUAUCCUCUCCAGGCUGCGGUCAUCCCUGCUGCUUCCACACUUUUCCCUUCCACAUAACUUUCUAUUAAUGUGCUUUGAUACAGCACUUUGGGAACAUCCAACUUCUUUCGCAAUUACCUUUUGAGGCUUUCCCUCCUUAUGGAGGGUGUCAGUGAUGGUUUUCUGCACAACGGUCAGGUCAGCAGUCUUCCCCAUCAUUGUGAUUCCUACUGAACCAGACUGAGAGACCAUUUAAAGUCUCAGAAACCCUUUGCAGGUGUUAUGGCUUACUUAGCUGAUUAGAGUGGGACACUGUGAGCCAUGAAUAUUGCACCUUUUCACAAUAUUCUAAUUUACUGAGAUUGUGGAUUUGGGGUUUUCAUGAGCUGUAAGCCAUAAUCAUCGCACUUAUGACAAAUCACAGCUUGAACUAUCUUGCUUUGCAUGUAAUGCGUCUAUCUCAUAUAUUAGUUUCCCCUUUUACGUGGCAUUACUGAAAUAAAUUAACUUUUGUCCGAUAUUGUAAUUUUUCGAGUAUUACCUGUAUAUCAAAAGUACCCACUACUCUACCAUAUACCUAUAGGCAUAUGGUAGAGUAACCAGUUGGUUUACAUUGAUUCCAGACAUAGAGGAGACUACGUGUACCAUUUCACACCUUGCAGAGGCUCUGGCUGCUGGUUGUUUCAAAAGAGCAACUUGUGUUGUAAACCUUAUGACAUCUAUCACAUUCCUAUAAAUCCAAUUUAACCAAUCUCCUGCUGAAAUUUACCUCUGUCAGGUAGCCAAUUCAUUUAUGCACUACACAGAUCACAUUCAAUAGCAAUAUUAUAUAGCACAACACCCUUAGCAGUAUGUACAUCCUGACAUUAAAGGUAUUCCUGACCUUAUAAUGUUAAAACCACCAUCUAGCCCCCUGGGCCCUUCAUGCCUCCAUAAAUAUAGUAACAAUCUUACUGUAUUCAAGCCUGAAGCUGUAACUCCGCAUGCUGUUAGACUGAGAAAGACAAGCAGUCUCUGAUAUCAUCAGAAGUGGUUGCCUGAUCCAAUCACAAUGCUUUCCCAUAGGAUUGGCAGAGACUGACAAGGAGGCAGAUCAGGGGCAGAGCCAGCAUGAUUCAAACACAGCCCUGACCAAUCAGCAUCUCCUAAUAGAGAUGAAUUGAAUCAAUGAAUCUCUAUGAUGAAAGUUGAGUGUCUGCAUGCAGAGGGAGGAGAUACUGAAUGUUUGGAUGCAUUUUAGGCAGCCAUGACCCAGAAAGGAUCUCUAACAGCCAUCUGAGGAGUGGCCAGUGAAGUUAUCACUAGGCUGUAAUGUAAACACUGCAUUUUCUCUGAAAAGACAGGUGAUUCUACUCAACAGAACAACUUCAAUAAGCUGUAGUUGUUCUGGUGACUAUAGUGUCCCUUUAAACAAUGUAUUUCUCCACACUACUUUAUAAAUAAAAUCUUAUUAAAUUAACAAAAUAAGAGAAAAUUACAACAGAUUACUCUAAUUUAUAAAGAGUAUGUUGCACCACAGGCAAUCUCUGCUAUAAAAUGUUUUGUUCCUUUUGUGUCUUUAAUGUCCCUUUAAGCAUAGCUCUAAAAAAGUAAAUACAAUCCAAAAUAAUCCAUUUUAUAUGAACAGUACUGAGAUGCAUCAUUUCUGCUUUUAUUAUUUGCCCUUACCCUUGUGUCAAUAUAGUACACUCCCCUUAGAAUGUAAGCUUAUUUGAGCAAGGCUCUCAGCACAUUCUGUUCCUGUACGUCCAACUUAUCAUGCUGCAUUUACUUGUUUUUUAGUCCACCUAUUGUACAGUGCUGCAGAAUUUGUUGGUGCUUUUUAAAGAAUAACACUAAUAAUAUCAAAAUAAUCACACUCAGACUGAACAUCACUGAAGUGAUUUGCUGCCCCCACUGCUUAUGUCCUGUGGAUUAUAUGUGGCCUCUUCUCACAUUGGACAUGCAGCAUCAGAUGUGUAGCAAGUUCAUGAGGCGCAGGGGGGGCUUAUGUUUUUUUUGUGGGUUCACUAAAAGAGAAAGAGGGACAUUACAGUUGAACAGCUACAUGUCAACUCUUUUUUAAAAUUUGCUUGUAUCCAGUGGCGUACACACAAUCCAUGGGGCCCCGGUGCAAAACUGAUCCGUGGGCCUCCCCCAGACACAUACAUACAGAUACACACAUACAGAGACACAGACAGAAACACAUACAAACAGACAUCCCCCCCCAACAGACACAUACAUACAUACACACACACCCCUGGCAGAUAUACACAAAGACACAUACACACACAUAUACAGUCUGUAUGUAUGUGUCUGUAUGUGUGUGUGUGUGCAUCUCUGUAUGUAUGUGUCUGGAUGAUACAGACACAUACAUACAGAGACACACACAUACAGUAUGUGUGUAUGUGUGCAUCUGUCUGUAUGUGUGUCUCUGUAUGUGUGUGUCUGUAUCAUACAGACACAUACAUACAGAGACACACAUAUAGACACACACAUACAUACAGACACACAUACACACAAAAUGUUUGUCAAACACCUGUUUCCUACCUUUUGCAGGAGGGUGACUUUCCCUGGGAUCCAGUAGCUGCUCAGGCUGAGGGGAGUCAGAGUUCCCACUUCCUCCCGCACGGCUCUCUGAUAGCUUGGAUGAGAGACAGGGGAGUCACUUCCUCCCAGCUCUAUCUGACAUCAUCACAGGGGGCCCGGUCGUGAUGUUAAAGCGUCCAGCACGGACAGGGCCCCCUGAAAAUCCAUAUCCAACGGGUGGUCCUGACAGCAUGGGUCAGCCGAUGGACCCCUUCAUGUGUGGCCCCGGCGGUUUGCUGUGGGGGGCCCAGUCGCAGCUGCCAGUGCUUGUAUCUUUUGUGUGUCGCCAAACAAAAAACGGUUUCAUUGAGAGGUUAAUGGUUAAACUUGUAUGUACCAUGAACAUUAAAACUUCAAUUUUAAUUUGUUGAAAUCUGGUUAUAAUAUAGUCAAUUGUUUUUACCUAAAGGUAUAAAGCAUCAGGAAGAAGAGAAGCAAGCCAGACAGGUGGAGUAUAAUAAAUGGCUCCAGAACAGCAAAGUGGAAAAUUCGAAAAUGGAAUUUCACCGAAGUUUUCCAAAAACUGAAAUGACAUCACGGGGUAUAAAGGACAGAGUCCAACAAAGCCAGUGAGCGGAGAUUUAAAAAGACUUGACUGACAAACUCUUUCCGCACUGUUCUGACCUCACAUUACAAUUUCAGGCAAAAAAUGCUCCCCUUACAUACUGUUUGCUAAGUAUGAUAUCAUACAAUGUACCAAAAAACAUUCUUCUGUAAAAAAAAUCAUAAAUAGCAUUGUGCAGUUCUCACAGUUCUGCUGUAAGAGUGUCAUAUUGUACAUUUAAAAACAUAUUUUUUUCUUCUUCUUUUUUUUUUUUAAUCUAAAGGCUUUUCUGUGACUCUUCAAAACACCUAGUGCUGCAGUUUAGAUUUAGUUGUUUGGCAAAAAGCUCUUUAGUAGGGUAUCUCUCUGAACUCUAAAUUUUCGUGAUUUAAAUCCAACUAGAUAAACUAAGGCAAAAAUAAAAGUUGUGACUAUGGCUCAGUUUUUUUUCAGAUCAGCCGGUGCACAGGAACAUUUUUGGUUCAUUUUGGUCAGUAAUUUUUUUAAUAUUUUGGUUUGACCUGCAUUCGGUCAUAAAAUAACACAAUAUGAGCCAGAUAGAAAAUAUGAACAGUCGGUUGUGGUGUGCCAAAACCGACAAUGCGGUAAGCCUGUAAUAAAAGAGGGCAAAAAUGAGUAUACCAUACAAUAGUUAUUUCAGCCUACAAUUGACAAUCAUAUAGAAUCUAUGACAUGUUCAUGUUACAAAAAACUUUGCAUAUUUCCUGUACGGGUUGGGGUAUGUAUCGGGUAUAUAUGGAUGAUUUCCACCAUCCUAAUGUUUUGAUAAUAAGUACUGAUAUGUUUCUACUAGAUGCAAUGGUGGCUGCUCCAAUUCGGAAUCUUAAAUUGAACCAUUAUUAAGUCCCUCUAAAAAAAAAUUAUUUGCACACCCUACACGCAGUGAUUAAACCUACAUUAAUCAAGAGAGGAACAAAGGAUAGUAGCAGAUUAUUGGACCUAGUGUGGCCACGUUUAAUGCAAUGCCUGUAGCAGGCAAAGAUAUCGAGGUGGAUGCCAUUGGGUCUGGCUCAUCAUUAUCUUUUGAGGGACCUGCCUCCCUUACAGACUUCUUCUUGUAAAACAUACCUGGCCACAUUGUCGUGGUGCUACUGCCAAUUGGUUUAUUAAAAUUACAGUUUUGUAGGGAGUGAUGGAAAAUGCAUGGAUUUCUCACACACAACAAGUUCACUUAAACAUAAAGAAAAUAUAGACAUACCGAAUUACCGUUUUUUUUCACCAUUUACAGCUAGCUCAAUUUCUUUCAGUACUACAGCAUGACUGCACACUGUCAGAAACAGAAUACAAUGCCAGAAUCGAACACAAUGCUGUUAGUCAAUUAUUGUGCUUUCAAAACAGUUAAAAAGAAAUAAAAUGCAGUAAAUUAACAGUGCUAAAAGCCACUACUAGCACACCAAGCUGAGACAACUACAUUUCCUUUUUUGCUUCUUCUACAAAAAAAAAAAAAAGAAUUGUUGGAGAAUGGAGAUGGAAUAUCUCCAGUGGUUACAAGUUCUAAUAAGAUCUCCACUCAACAGCAGCUGCGAAGACUGCAAACUGCAGGAAAACAGAAUACAAACCAACAGCAACAAUAUGCGGCUAAUUCACUGUCUUAGCUUUUAAUGUUCAAGACUUAAAUUUGCAGAAACUUGGCAUAAAUUGGCUGAUAAACACUCAGUCAUUAUCAACAAGCAGGCAUAAUGAUUAGUCUGUCAUGGCCACAGGAUUAUUCCGAAAACACUCACCAGAUUAGUUGCUGUACUGUCGUUUGCUGCCUUGUGUUUGACCGCAGCACCACAAGCACAUCAUUUCCCGAAUAACUCAUAUUCUGAAAUUUGGUCAUUCAGUUUCCCUUUCAAGUUGGGAUUAUAUUAUUUUCUGACUAAUGACUGAAAAUCUAAAUAUUCUGGAAUUUUGCAGUUCCAAUUACAAAUGCGCACAUCUAUUAUUUUGCUUCCAUUACCAUUUGGAUUUCAUUCUCGUAAAAUUUCGAGGUUAGCAAAUAACACUCUGGUUGUUUUUCAAAUGUGGGAAAUCUAUUCCAGAGGAAGACUGUCUGUUGCUUCCUAAUUUUAAUUUAACACUGAACUUGAAACAAUGCAAGGUUUCGUCAUAGUCAUUAUCUUGCAGCUCUGGUGCAAUCCUUAUUAUAAAGCUACAGAGUAAUUAACCCAAAUAUUUAACGAAAUUAGUUUUAUUAUAGUCAAAAUGCACAUCAAAAAAGUUAGUUUCCAAGUCUAUGCAAAAUAAUCCAUGGAGAUCUCAAUCUAUUUAUUAUCUAAUGCAGUGAUUCUUACUUGUGGCUUAGUUCACAUGCGCUUUCAGGAGAUCUCCAGCGUAUGGAAAAGACUCAUAUUCAUCACCCCUUAUGCAACUGUUUACAAUUUGUUACAAUGGCAAAAUCAUCCCCAUUGCAAUGGAGAACCCACUGACACGAGUACGAGUCUAAUUAAGAUGUCUUGUAAAGAAAAUAUUGCAAUGAACUUCAUUCUUCUUUUUUUAACUUAGACUAUUAUAUAUUAUAGGUGAAAAAAUUAGUCACUGAAUGGGUCAUCAUGCUUAUGUAAUGAUUGUAAAAUUGGAUCCUUGUCAAUAAAAAAGUCUAAGAACCAACAAUCUAAUAAAAAU